UCGGCUGGCUGAGACGCGCAGCGAGAGAAGAAGGAGGUGGACGAGGGGGGAGGGACGGGAGCGACUGGGAAGCCGGAACCGUUCCAAGCGAGGUCGGGAGCGGCGCCUGCAAGACACCCACCCACCCGCCCAGCCGAGCCCUCCCUUCCUCUGCCCGCCGCCACAGCAGCACCAGUCACGGAACCCCCCUUCCUCCCUCCCCCGGUGGCGGCGGGAGGAGGAGGCGGCGGCGGCGGCUCAGGAGGGGCUCGGAGGUGUCCGCCUCGCCGGUUGGAGGCGGCGGCGGCGCGGGCGGUAGUGGCGGCGGCUGUGGGAGGCGGAGGCGGAGCCGGUGUCGAAGAAGGGUAAGACUGGACUCCGCGGCCGGAGCGGGCCUGGCGUCGACUGGCUCCUUUUUCCUGCAAAACGCUCGGCCCUCAGAGGCCUGAGAGGGACUGGGCAUCCCCCUCCCCUGCUCGGGCCCACUCCGGCCUUCUUCUUUCAGCCCCCCCGCCCCCCCCCCGGCGGAGGGAAGAGGCGGCCGGAGAAUCCUGAGGUUACAGGCGGGAACAACCCCAGUCAGCCUCCUUUUCCGAGGGCUGACAGCCCUGCGGGGUCGCUUCUGCAGAGAGUGCCUUUGCUGGCAGUGAGGUGCUGAGCCAGGCAGAGGUGUGUGUUCAGCCCCAGGGUCAGGAUCCCCCCCAGGCAAAGCUGUCACCACCACGCGAACUCCCCAGCUGAGCCCGGAGGCUGCGACUUUUUUAUUCCCCUUUCUUACGCGAGAGGGUUUCCUUCCCCCUUUGGCCCAGCCCAGCCUGGCUGCUGCUGCCUCCUCCCCACCAACCCCCUGACGGGAACACGCUGCUGCUGGUCUUGGGAAGAGGCUAUCCAUCCGAUCUCGGUGGUCUCCCUGGAUCACGUGUGCCACUGUGUCACGGGGAGCGGGUUGUGGCGGGAGGCCUACAAGUCAGGGGGCAUCUCUCCUCUCCAUGGAAACGAGGGGAUGGGGUCACUUUUGCAGCUGGUGGGGCUCAGGAAUGCGGGGAGCGGAUCUAGGCGCCCUCUCAGAUCUGCAGAGUAAGCCUCACAAGGUGAGGGUUUAUUCACGAGUAAGGACUACAAUUCCAGUACACACUUCACUUGGAAUAGAAGGGCAGUGGUCGUGGUGGGGUAAUCCCUGUUGAACUUAAUGUGCAAACGUGCCUUAAAUAGAGGUGGAGUUGUGGUGUCUCUCUUGGUCCAGCCCCCUUGGGGUUUUUAUACCUCUGCCCCUAUUCCUCUGAUUACUGGUGUGAAUAGGACUUCUGUUACUGCAGCUGUACAGCCAUAUUCCAGGUUUACUGGAGGAGUAAGGAUUCUUUCGGUUAGCCAUAUAGGACUUAGCUUUUUUCCUUUACUUCUUAAAGUACGGUAUGUGCAGAGGUGUUGUGCGAUUAUUCAGUUAUGAGACCAGGUAAAUGUUCCUGGUAGGAUUGUGGCAACUUUAAUGCCUGAACCUUUGUGUUCUUCAUUGGGAGUAAGUUUCAUUCAGUUCAACCAUAAAUGUUGUUUUACGUGUAGGUAGAUGUGUGCUUAGUAUUGCUAUGAGUCUCAGAGGAUUAUUGCAGCUUUUCAGUGAAAUCAUUUUUUUCAUUCAGGAGCAGGAUUCCAGUCCUAAUCCCAUUUACCUGGGAGUAAGCCACAUUGAACUAAGUAGGACUUCCUUCUGAUUAGACAUUGUUAGAGUUAUGCUAUGAUGCAUGUUUACACACUGAACACCCAGCAAUCCUGUUUGCUCAGGUCUGUAACUCCAUUGCUUAGAAGACGUAGUCAGAAGUAGGGUCCAUUCAUUUAAAUGAAGCUUACUCAAAAUUAAGUGGGUUUGGACACCAGCAAACAAUUGCUGCCCAUAUAAGGUUCUGAUGGUACUGAAACUUCAGAUUUAUUUUCUAUACAUUAGAUUUCAGGCAACUGGACACAAGGAGAGGGCAGAUAAACUGGUGUGAGAUGGAAAGAAAAACAUCCAUAGAAGAUAACAGAAAAGGGGGGAAACUGCACAAAAGGAAGAGGAGAUUUGGCUGCUCAGGGAGGGAGAACCUUAGUUAACCUUAAUUAAAUUAAUAAGCAAAUCCUAUGGAUUUCUAUUUAGAAGCAAGGCCCACUUAUUUUAAUGGGAUUAACUCUCAAGUAAGUAUGCACAAGACUGGAACUUUUAUGUUUCAGUGUCGAUUUGGAAUGAACAUUAGUUUUAUUUAAAAAAAAAUGUAAAAUGACAAGACUUUGCAAAUUAAAAAGAAAGCUAUUCACUUUAGAACUACUACUCUAUGUUGCUUCAGUGUGGGCAAAUCUAGGGAGUUUCUUCAAACUUCACCAACAACAGAUGGUACAAUUACUAAAAGGGUUCAAAAGUGUGACCAACAGUACAUGAAAUAUUGGUUGACCUGUACUGAAAAAUAUAUGUCACUACCUCAGUGUGUGAUAUGUGGUGAGAUGUAAAUGAAGAGGGGAGCCUUGAGCUUGGCCACCUAAUCUGUUUGUGGAUGAGCUGGGAUUUGUACUUCAGUCUAGAAUCCAGAACCCUUUCAGAGGAUAUAAUAUUGGAGUUACUUGCCAUGUAUGAAGGCAUGUACUUGGACCAGCCACUGAGGAGGCCUUGGAGAGGUGAUAGAAAACUUUCCCUUCAUGAACUUGCAGGUCUUUUUUAGUUAAUGCUUGAUGUGUUUUCCCCUUUCUUUUGCAACAAACAGUUCCUUCCAUUGACUUCCACUAUCUGGAUUUGAUCUAGAAAGUUUGGGUUAGUUAUUUAUUAAAAUAUUUAUAUUCCACAUUUCCCAUUACUUUGAAAGAGCAUUCAGGUUGUGUAAUAAUAUUUCAAUUAAAACUGAUAUAUUAUUUAAAAAGCAAAUACAGUACAAAAAUUAAAAGAUUCAAACAACUAAUUUGGACAGUAUUUAGUCAUAGCCUAAAAGUUCUACAAAACAGAAUAGUAUUUAUUAAGCCCUGGAAAGUCAUCAAGGAUGGGGGCAUACAAGCAGGGAAUUCCAGUGUCUGAACACCACUGAACAGUGGAAAGGCUCAUUUCCAGGUUCCCACUAGAUGUACUUCUGGUUCUAAUUCACUGAACUUUAGAGGUAAUGAUCAGCAUCUUAAAUUGUCAUGUUAAGUGAACCAGCCAAAACAGCUGAAGUUAAUAGUGGUCACAUAGUCUCUAGCACUUUCCAUAGUAAAAAUUCUUACUGUUGCAUUCUGCACAAACUAAAGGUUGCAAGCACUGUUCAAGGGCUGCCCCGUGUAGAGUGUUUCAGUCAUCCAACCUGGAUGUCACUAAGACACGUAUGACCCUUGCCAGACCAUCUUUUCCCAGGAACCUAACCUGAGCAAAAGCAUUGUUGGCCAUGAUUGCUAUAUUGGCAUCCAGGACCAAAUAACUUUGGCACUGAUUUUUUUUUAAAGAGAAGCAAAGCCCUGUCCAGGUUAUAUUCGCAUUCUUGGAUCAGCUCUCCCAUUGACCAGUAGCAAUCCCACUUAUUAGAUCAUAUGCAUUCAUUUACUGCUAAACACCAGCUAAGAGCCUCCACGGGUUCCUUGGACUUGGGACAAAAAGGAGAUACAGAAUUGGGUGUCAUCACAGCAACAGUGCCCCCAAAUUCCUGAAUAACUCUUCCUAGCAGUUUAAUGUAGAUGUUAAAUACUAUAGAGGGCAGAAUGGAACUCUGCUGAAUCUUACAGACUGGAAGUAAUGGGGCUGAGCAUUAGUUCCCCCAGCUUGUACCAUCACCUGGAACCUACUGUCAAUGAGGACUGGGACUACCAGAAAAUUGUGUCCCAGGCCAAGCUCCAUCCUGACAGUAGAGAAUGAUACCAUAGUCAUGGUACUGAAAGGAAUUGAGAGGUCCUGUGAAACCCAGAAGGUUGUGCUUCCUCUGUCAAAUAUAUAGCAGGUUUUUAAAUCAGUUUGUUUUAAGCCACAACCUCUGGUUUGUAUAUAAUACCAAGCAAGGAUUAUUUGAAAGUGAAACUUCAAGGUUUCUUCUUGCCAUGUGAGAGCAGGUGUGUAUGUGUGUAAGCAAGCCUGAGGCUUUGCUGUGACUCACAUUAGCUCUUGCACAUAGUGCUAAACCAUCCUUGUGUCACAUGUGAAGUAGCCCAUUAAAUCUAUGUACUAACUAGUUUUUAAAAAAGGUUUGCAGCCAGCAGCAUUGGACAACUCUCCCUCACCUUGUUAAAUCUCAGAACAACGAAAAAAGAGUUUAUGGUAUUGGCGGGGGGGAGGGUAUUAGGUCUGGGUAGGCGAUGCUCCAUUGUAUGUAAUCCUUCAUUGUGUAUUUACCAAAUUUGGCAGUGGUAAUUAAGAGUAAAAAGCUUUGCUGCAAAUAUAUAUUGGGUUUGUGCCUAUAUUUUUGGAUGAUAGUAUUUUCUUUUGUUUGGGUUAAUUUUAGUUAGCUAAAAGCAAUUUCUGUUUGUUGGAACAGCUGGUUUACUGCUUUUAUCGUGCUGCUAGAUCAAGUGUAUUUUUUGGAAGAGUUCAGCAGUUGUUAAAAGCCAUAUAAGUAAACUUCUCAACAGUUACUUUUGAUGAACCAUAGUUAAGAUAUCCCUUUUUGAGUUUGAGACAGGAUGGGUAAAACUGGGACUGCCAUUGAUAAAGAGUGAACACUAGUUUUUUUUUUCUAAACUGUGCACGUAUUUGGAAGUCACUUUACUAAGGGACAGAAUUUUACGAAGGAAGCAGUAGUGAAUGCUGUACUCUUCGAGUAGAAUUCAGUGUUGUGCUCUUAAAAUUGUUCUGUCUACACAAGCAUUGCAGCUUGCUAGAUGGAAUGAUCCACACCCCCCCUAUGUGCUGCUCUGGGAUUUCUCCCAAUCUCCAAGAGCCAUUUCUUGGAGGGGAAAGGGAGCCCUGUUGUGUAAGGAGAAAUUCUUGCACCGGGAUUCCCCUGAUGGGGCUGAUGUGGUGAAUCCAGCCCUUUGAGGCUGUACACACUGUAAAGCAAUGUUUAGAUCCUGGUCUAGUGCAUAUUGGCUAUGGCAUGCAAAUAUUGGGUGUUAACUAAGAAUAUAAUGUGUGUCAUCUACAUUUAUAAUCUUUAAAAAGUUAGUGCCACUAGUGGAAUGUUUGUUGAGUAGACAUGCAAUAACUGCUGGAGCUCUAGGCAUUUGGUGGUAGAAAUAUGAAACACAAAAGCACUGGAUAAUACUUUAAUAUGUAUACUGUAUUGAGUAAUAGCAACAGGUGAGAUCUGCUUGAAAAUGUUGCAGUGUAGAGUGCUCCAGUUCAGAGAGUUAAGCCCUUUUUCCACAGCCAUCUUCCCUUCUCUGACUUUGCCAUACCCCUUCACCUGAUACUCAGCAUUCUGUGGCCACAGAGCAUGCUCAUGUCUUACCUCUUAGCAUUUUUUCCUAAAUAUUGUUUGUGUGUCUACAAACCUUGGGCUUCCGCCGAGCACUCUGAUAGCUCCCACUUUUUCUAAUAGGUGCUGUUUUGGUUCUAAUCCUGUCAGCACUUGGCAGCUGGGAUUGCUGUCAAAGUAAUAAUUUUAAUGCAGUUGUUAAGAGUUCAAUAACAAUAUUUUGAAUUUUCAUAGAAACCAUAGCAGCUUCCAUUAGUCAGUUGCUGAAAAGUCAGAAAUCAUUUUAAUUAGUUGCUGUCAAUUUUCAUUUAACUAAUACUUAUCAAAAAGGCACAGCAUCUUACCUUUUGAAUGGAAAUGUAGUACUGCUAUCCUGAAUCUAUAAAAAAUUAAUUGUUGCCUCAGCUGCAUUUCAUAUCUUUCUUCAAUGAUGAUAUGAUGAAAAGUUUAAAUUGACAUCAUUUAAUGUACGUGGUUCAGCCUAAUUUGCUCAGUGUAAAUUUUGCUAUUCUUUAUUCACUAAUAUUGCUGAAUGAGUUAAGUAGUUGAGUAUUGACACUGGAAGGGGCAAACGUUUCAGUUCUUAGCAGUCAUAAGUUUUGAAUAGGGCUAGCAAAGAAGUAUGCCCCUUACUGUGCUCUGAGGGGCACACCAGAAAUCUGUCAUAAGCUAAUUUCAGGCCUUAGUUUGAGUGAGUAUGUGGACCUGCAGAAGCACUUCCAAGUUUUACCUAUAUACCUAGAACAUGUGAAACAGUAUAAACAAUACCUUUGAGGACGUACAUAGCAUGUUUUUCUUGGUAUUGUAUUCUUGCAGCCAGUCUUUACAUUUUAGGAUGAGUUUUCAAGUCAGAAUCUGUGGCUUUCUGGAGAAUUUGAUCUCUGUAUAUAAUGUCAUUGUAUCACUUUCUGAUCUUGGUCAGUACUGCACUGUAGCUGAAUUACAUUUAGUUUUUGAAAUAUACUGUUAAUUGUUUUUCAAAAAUCUUACAGAUAUAAUAGUUUAAAAAAGUGAUUUAUUUUGUCCUUUUGUAUACCUUCUUUUCCCUUUUUCUUUUAGCAUCUUAGCUAUCAUGCUUUCAAAUGUGUCUUUGUCAUAAUGAAAGCUAUCAGCAUGCUCUUUUAUAAAGAAGCUGUAGUUCUUGGGGGUGGGGGUAAAUUACCAUUUUUACUGGGGUGUUUUAUGAUGUUAUUAUAGAUAGUUGUUAUAGCUCUUUAUCUUUAAAAAAUUAAAAAGAAAAAAACAGCCCACAAGUGACAUGGCACUAUGUUGGUUCUUGGACAUUCAUUGUUUCUUUGUAUAUGUGCAUGCUUUACAUGUGGUGUUUUCCCCACAUGCUGUUGUUAAUGUGCUAUGCUGUUAAUAACUUGAAUGUAUGUUGGGGGUUUAAGUAUUUUGUUUGUUGUUAUUUAGGGUCUCUUUGGAACUAGAGGAGGGAUCGAUUUUUUUCACAUAAAUAAACUACACUUCUGCCAUAAACUGUACGCUGGAGAGGUACAAGUUCUUCAUAUGUGCCUUUUCUCUACAUAGAGAUGAUCUAGCCGCUGUUUCAUACAUAGCAUUUCCCUAUAUGGGAAUGAACCCUACAUACAAAAAUGACACACAUAAAGAAGUUGUACCUGUCCAGACCACAUUUUGUUGGAAAAGUGUAGUGUAACCCAUCCUAACUUUAAUAUUAGUUAGAGGAAAGAUAUCCAGUUAUGCAGAUAUUUCAGAAGUAGAAUGUAGUGUUUACUCUGUUACUCUUUUGUGUUGAGAAUAUUCUGUUUCCCCUUCAUAUUCAUCAGCAAGAGCCACUUUAAGUGGAGAGAUUUCUAUUUGUCAUAUCUAGUUCUAGCUGAUCCAUAAGAUUAAUUUAUUGUUAGGGUUAAUAGAGAGCACCUUGCAAGGAAUUUCACUGCAAUACUACUUUGGUGAUAGGUGUGGAUCAGAAAAUUGUCCUAGAAAUUGGGAGGCCUCCCAUCUCCCAUAAGUGGUUUUUGGCCUGGAAAAUCAUUGCUGGGAUAUUUAAGCCUACUUUAUUAAAUAUUUGUCAGUGGAAAAGGGUAAAUUGCAUCUAAUUGACAAUGCAACAGUAACCAUGUAUACUCAGACAUAACUCCUGUUGAAUUCAAUGGGGGUAACCCCCAGGAAGAGGGUUGCAGCCCCAGUCAUAUUUAGAAAAGACCCAUUCGUAUGAACGGAUUAAGUUAGUUGUGAGAUGCUUAAAGUUGAUUGAUUUCUAUAGAUCUACUCUGAGUAUGACUUACAUUUUUAAAAGUCCAGUUUCCAUUUUGUGAUAGUGAAGUGAAACUUCGGUAAAGAGAGAGUAUUUUUAAGGCAGAAGCCUAAAUAACUGAAUACAUAGGGUACCAUCUGCCAUCAAGCAUUGUGGUUAAGAAUAAUGGAAAGAGUCUGCAUUCCAAAUAAAGUAGAGUUUCUGAACUCGGCUACGAAUUCAUGGCUGAGCAAUCCAACUCCUUUGAAUGUUUCAGCAGCAUUUAACAUUCAAUCACUGUCGUCGUUGUCGUAGUAGUUCCUUUUUCUUUUUUACAAGAAAGAAAUACAUAUUGAUUCAAAGUUUGUUAUUUUCAGUUGUACUCAAAGUACAAAUAUUUAAAUAGCCAAAGUGAAAUUUGUUUCUUUCAGCAAAGCAUAAACUUUCUUUGAAACUUUUAUUACUUCAUUGGCACUAUCUAUGUUAUAUAUAAUAAUUACUUCAGUAAAUUUGUUGUAAAAAAAAAGCAAAGUCAGCGAAGAUCUUGAAAAAUCAAGUUAAUCCAUAUUUAAUAUAUUUUAUGGCAGAAAAAUAAACCUAGGCAACUAAAUAUAUUAUUAUUUUUGAAAAAUAUGAAAUGCAAGGUACAAUUCCAUUAAAAUUCAGUUUUCAGUGACUAUGUCCCCAACAACUGAUGAAAUGAUUUCUAGAGAAUGUUUUGUUGCUGUACCUGUAUAAAGUUUCCCACCAGAAAAUCUGAAUGGGGUAUGGGCAGGGGAUGUUUUUCUUGCAGGACACAGUGUUUUAACAGUUCUAGAAAUAAUUAAGUCAGAUACAAGGAAAGUCACUUUGUGAUAAACAUGGCCCUUCUAUAAAAUGGCUGUGCAUGGUCAUUUUUUAUGGGAAUAUGGAAAAUUGUACCCAUACUAUUCUGAGCAUGCAUGCAGAUUAAAUUUCACUUUCUUUAGUGAUAAGCAAUUUAAAACUUACUCAAUCCUGUUAAGAGCAUGUGUGGAAUUCAGUCAGCUUUUACUGCAAGGAAAUAAAUGCUUCAGAACAGUACGUCUGUUGUUGUGCUUAGUAGUUGAGAGUAAAACUUCUGUUUUGGAGCUGCAGGGCAUGGCAUCCUUUUAAAAAAGUCAGCGAUAAAAGACAACAUUCAAGUUCUAACUUCUACAUUAACUGCUAAUAUGUAUUUAACAUUUCCAGAUUGAAAUGUGUAUUUAACAUUUCCAGAUUCAUAUAUCUAUAAAGGAACAUGCCUUUUUCUUAUGCAGAUCAGUUAAAAUAGAAUCAGUGAUGCUUCCUUUGAAUUUAGUUUGUUUAAUCUGUGAAAUUGCAAUCUUGUCUGUAAUGCACACAGGCAGAUCUAGUGGGGUUAAGGGAGAGGUGAAUGUAUGCAGUACUGUUUAGGGCUACUGCCUUAGUUUAAUGAUACUAAGGCUACAUAAAUUUAUACCAUUUUAGUAAAUUCUAAACAUUUUGUUGUAUUUCUAGUGAUCACCAAAGAAGAAGAAGUUCUUUCCCAUAGCUCUUUUGCUGUUAUUCAGACAAAGCUUUGCUUUCUUUGGAUAUCCACAAUAUGUGCAUGUGCACUUGUAAGUUCAAUUGGACUUCCUUCCAUGUGAGUGGACUUCCAUCCCCAACCUGCGGCCCUCCAGAUGUUUUGGCCUGCAACUCCCAUGAUCCCUAGCUAGCAGGACCAGUGGUCAGGGAUGAUGGGAAUUGUAGUCCAAAACAUCUAGAGGGCCGAAGGUUGGGGAUGCCUGGCCUAGAACCAUAUUUGAUGAGUGGGUUCUCAUCUAGUCUAGCAGUGUGCUCUGUAUUUUUUAUUAACUUCCUGUUCUUCAUUUGCAUUCUUGAAAUCUCAGGCCCAUGCCUUCUCUUGCUCUAUGGCAGAUGCUGCCAGUUUCUUCUUCAGCUCUAGCCUGGCCACGGGUGGUUUUUUUAUAAGUCAAAAACAUAAUGGAAACUAAAGGGUUGGGCUUUGAUCUGGUAUAUCUAAGUAAAAAUUCUCACUUGGUUGUGGGUGAUCAUGGCCUAAGACAGGAUUCUUUUUCUUUAAAGCAGGGGUUGUUACAGUUGGUUUGUAUAUAUGGUGCGCUGCAGUGCUCCUCCUUCAGCAUUCUAAAGAAUGGCAAUCUUUGAGAUCUGUUAGAGUAUGGGAAAAAAUUGUGGAGGGGUUCAGCUGUCUUAGUGCCCCCACUCCGCUCUGAGGAAAAACACUAGCAUCUUUCAUCAGAGUGCAACAUUGGGAUGACUGGCUGAGUUAGCCUUGGAUAAUUGUAAGGAAAAGCAACAACAUUGGGGCAUUUUAGUUCAAAAGCUGGUUAAAGGGGAAUGAGACACGGCAGAGGUUAUAAAAUUAUGCAUGAUAUGGAUCCAGUGAUUAGGAUCAGUCUGUCAAUACUGAUAAAUCUAUUGAGCUGUAGAGGCAGUGUGUAUCUUCGUACCACUUGCAGGGGGAGCAGCAGGCGGAUAUGGUUACUGUUUUCAAAUCCUUCUUGUGGGCUUUCUAGUGGCAUGUGAUUGGCCACUGUAGGCAAACAGGAUGUUGGGGCUAAGUGGACCUUUUCUUUGCUCCAGCACAGAUACUCUUAAAAGUCUGUAGUUGUUCUCCUUUUUACUAUAGAAAAUUUUGUCUUGAAGCUAUAGUUUUAUUUUUGCCAGUUUCUGUGGAAAAGCCCACAUCUGCAUUUUUAAAUUGGCCCUUUUAAAACCCACAAUUUAGUAUUUUUGCUGGGAAAGCAUUAGGAAAUUGGAAUUGGUGAGAUUUGGAAUGUUAACCUUGUGUUUGAGAUAGAAUAAUAGUUGAACAUUCUCUAUAGCUUAUCUCCUCUAAAAAAUUACUUAGGGCUCUUCACAAAGGUGACUGUCAAUUUUCUUUCUGACAUGGUGGUGUAUAUAAUAUGUAUGCUUCAGCCUAUAGUUCUGAGCCUACUUGUGGCUGAUUUUUCUCCAGUUCCUCCUUUGCAGUGUAGCUUCUGAGCCAUAUCCCAAGCUUCCUCUUUAAGCCCUCCAACCCUUAGGAGACCCAUCAGGUACCCUCACCUGGUUCAGGCAGCUAUUCAAGGCCAUUUCCAGGGUGUGGCUGCUGUCACAUGCUGACAGUUUUUAGGAGCCAGAGCUGAGAGCUGAGUGCAGAGUGGGGACCAAAGGUGGGCAAACUACCACAGAAGGAAUAUGACUUGUCUCCCGCCAGGGGUACUACCCCUCCCCUAACACCCCAUACACCCCAAACUUCCAGCGUACACUCAGUAUAUCAUCCAUUUUUCAGACAUUUGGCCUUUGUUUGUAACUUCAGAUUUUCCCCUGGAAAUGAUGUAUUUUAAAAUGUUGACUGUAACUUUUCACAGGUGUUUUAUCAGAAAUGACCAUGUAUAACCAUGUGCAAAAUAGGCAAUUAUAAAUUGAAGAAAUAUAUUUCGAUAGCACUCCAACCCUGAGCUAGGGAAGUUUUUAAUAUUUGAUGUUGUAUUGUGUUUUAAUUUGUUGGAAGCCACCCAGAGUGGCUGGGGAAACCCAGUCAGAUGGGUGGCUUAUUAUUAUUAUUAUUCCCUAAAUUUUUCUUGACUGAGAUUGUUUUCUGCGUGUUACACGAUUUAGAACUUUGGGGUCUCAACUGACUGUUAGUCCAGGAGUUGCAGAAUGUUCAAAAUUCAUUUUUAAAGAAAGUAUUGGCCCUCCCUGCUGGUAUUCCUAUUGCGUAUAUCCAUGCAGAAGUGGGUUGGCCUUCUGGUCAGGUAAAAAAGCAAGUUCAGCUCUUAAAUUUUCAGAAGAGAAUGCUAACUAUGCCAUCUUCACACUUGGUUUCUAUAGUUUAUGGCUCACCCCCUUAAAUUCUGCUUUACACCUACAAUCCAGUGACAUAUAUCAAUCUUUGUUGAAUUUCCUUGCAUAUGAGAGAGCUUCUUUGACUGAUGUGUUAACUAUCCAUUCUUUGAGAUUUUUUAGACUGUAUCCAUGUUUCAAAGUAGACCAUGCAAAAGCUACCUAUUUGGAGUUAAUUACUCUGGCUCCCCAUAAAAUUGCUUUUACGGAAUUAAGACUUGGUGUUUUACACUCUGCCUUUUUGGAUGGCAGCUAUAAGAAAUUCUCCUUGGAACAGCAUUUCUGUGCGAGGUGUAAAACAGCAUUGAGGACGUUGUUCACCAUAUUACUCAGUGCCCUCUAUAUAAGAUCCUGAUGAAGAAUACUUGCUGUGAGUUUACUCACAGAAAUAAUUUUGUUACACCAAGUGAGUUUGUGUGCUUUUUGCUGUUAGAGAAAGUUUAAAUUGCGUUACCUUGUGUCUGUCUGUAUUUGUGCUAGCUGCUAGGAAAUUGAAGAGUCAUAUUUGUGGCUCAUCUUUGAGUGUUUGUUAUCCUUGCUGUGGUUUAUAGCUAAACAAAUAAAAUUGCUACUAUUUCUACUUUGAUAGUUGAAGCUUGGGGUUCAUGAAAGGAUUGGAAAAACUUAUAUUAAACCAAGCCUUUAAAUUGUUGAAAGUUUCUUAACUUGGGUGGUGUUCAACUAAAUUUUACUCAGAGUAGACCCACUUGAAAUUGGUAGCCCAUUAGGUCUUCUCUGAGUAAAACAUCAUUGAAUAGCACUCCCUGUCAUUACUGUUAAGUUAUAUACACACUUGCACAACUUUCAGUUGCACACUAAUUACUUUUUCAUAUGGGGGUAGAUAGCUUCAGCAACUGGCAGCAGCCGUGGGUACAGGUAGGGUGCAGAAAACUGAUAAGUAGUUUCCCUUGUCCUGAUGCAUUUUGCAAAGAAGAUUAUUUCCCUGCAUUUCUGUUGGUGUAUCAUCAUUAUCUCAGAAUACCUUGUAUAUAUUGGGUAGAUAUUCUGUUUCUGAAUUCAAGCCGAAGGUACUGCUAUAAAGCUUGGGAGUAGUGCAUGUUUACGUGGCUACAUUAUUAAGCCUUUCAAACCACACCACAGGCUAAGCAUUUAUAUAGACAUAAUGUUGUUGUGUCUCCAAGUGAUAGUUUGAAGCAUUAUGAGCUCAGUUCCAUGGUUUGCCAUUAAAGGUGAUCUAGGCAAACUUUGGUUUGCACAACUCAUAGUUUGACGAGUUUGGUUGUAAUAGCAAACAAUGGCUAACAGAGAGAGAAAAACGGAAGGGUAGGAAGGAUGGCUGGAAUAUACAAAUUGCAAGGUUUGUUCAUGUAAUGUCCAAUGAAGUCCAAUGUGGAUGGAAAAUAGAGUUAGAAGCCUGAUGGUCACUUUUGCUGGCUUGUGUCAUUUUCCAUUUUGUGCAAAAAGACUUUCAUAUUGAUUGUGAUACUGUUCUUUCUCAAAGUUUAAGGAGCCAACAUUUCAUUGUGAUAGACUAGGAGUUGUGAGCAAGGUAGUAUUUUGUUCAGAUUGCGAAGCAUAAUCAUUGUCAGCAGAAAGCUUCCUUGCACACUUUCCUCACAUUCAGUCGCCUGGUUUGCAUAUGACAUUAAUUAAACCAUGGCUUAAUGUUAUGUGUGAAUCCGGCCCAGGAGUUUAACUAUGGUUAAAGGUUGCUCAGUAACCAAGGUUUGUAGUUGGUUUAUAUAUCUUUGUUAAUGUUGACCAUAUCUUAGUGUUACCUUUGAAUCUAGACUAUGGUUAAGAAGCCAUCACUACCCAAAAAUAUAGAGGUGCAAAUGAAGAUCGGUAGAAAAUUCAAACCACCCACAAAGUUCUGCUGCUCUUGCAAGUAGUUCUAACUAUUCUAUGAUGUAAUAAACAAAGGUUUAAUUAUCAUCUGCCAGAUGCCUCAGAUUUAACUAUGGCUUGUUAACCAUGGUUAAUGUUAACUACAUUUAUCAUUAGCCAUGGUUUAAUGUUAAUGUAUAAACCAGGGGAAAUGCAGAAGAGUUGUAGUGCAUGGUAUUAUUAGUGUUCAUCACUUGGAAAUACAUAUAUCCUAUUUUAUAUUCAGCAGUAAUGUUUUAAUUUUGCAUUUAAAUCAGAAACCAAGUAAGUACCUAAUUUAGGAGUUGUUGCCCUCAGCAGCUAACAAAAUAACCUCAGUUUUGUGCUGUAAUUUAUGGCCAGACAUGGAAUAAUACUUACUGUGUUGAAGUGACUGUGAAGCCUGGUGCAAUGUGAGUGAAUGGCCCUGCCACUUUUUCUGAAGAGUGGAAUUAUUCUUUUAGAUCACGUUGGGUUUUGAGGGUUGUUAGAAGUGGUGAGAGAUAUUCUUACUGCUUCUGACCACACCAAAGCUGAGACAAAGUGCAGAUAGAACCAUAACCUCCCCUUGAAUCUUUUAGAAUGUGUCAAAUGAUUUGGGCCACAAUGUGCUGUAAAGCACCUUGGAAGCACCUUGCUUCUACUUCCAAGUGUCUGUAAAGCCAGGCCUAACAUGAAAGUCUGAGCACCAUCUCUUCUUCUGUGUGUGUCCAAGGACUGGAACUGGGAAGGGGGUUGAGAGCACCACAGUUACUGUUUUUAAAUCUCUUCCUUUGGGGGGGGGAACCUUUGAAAUUGUUACCCCAAAGCAUGUUUUUUUAAAAAAUGUAAUGGGCUUAAUGUAAUAGGCUUCUUUAAUGUAAUGGGCUUCCUCUUGGAGUGCCAUGAGUAGGCAUUUGGACCAUACACACAAGUUGUAGCAGCUUGGUGGCAACUGUCAAAAGUGCGCCCACCAAAUGGGGAUUGGGAAAACAGGGCUCUAUUAUGGGGUCCCUGAGGACAGGAGAACUGUGCAUACCAUGGGCUAGAUGAAGUCCAUUUGGACUUAACUGGAGUGUUUCAGAAAACUAAAUGUUUUUAUCUGGUUUUGCAACCAUGUUUUCCAUAUAUAUUUUUUUUAGUCAUGAAUGCUUAAAACAAACCUUUAUAAAAGCUUAUCUGGGUCCCCACAAGCCUCUUGUCCAGACUCUGUUUUCUGUGCCUUUUAGCCCCUACUGCUUCUCCAUUGUUUUGUUUUCUUCAACAACCAUGAACAUUGGUGCCACAGAGUGAUAAAAAAGUUAAGCUGUGUUUAUCAUGAUUGUAAAAAUAGUACAUCUGCAUCAAGAACUGUGUUUUGUUUUUCAUGCACUUAGUUUUGUUCCAUUUGUUUUGUUUUCUACCUCAUUUUCUACUUUUAUAAAUAAAGUUUUUGAAAAUAAAAAUGAACAAUGUUUUGCUACAAUGGUGACUGUUGAAAUUGUUUGGCAGACUGGUGUUCAGUAGCAUGCACAGUUUCCUGAUGACCUAUGUAAGUUGCACAUCUUGGCACUUCUUCUGGAUUCGCAAUUACCAUUUGGAAUAUGUCUUUUCUUCUUGCCAGAUACAAUUCAUGCCAUUGCCAGAAGCGUUUACCAAAUCAUGCAAGAAAGAUGUAGUUAACAGUUUAACAGACCUUUAGAUGUAGAAAGAUCUUGUGGACGGUUUGCAGAUGUAUUCACUGUACACUUUGUCAGAUUAUUAGAAUUCGGUUUAUACAGUAUAUGAUUGUUUUGGGAGUAGGUGAAUGUCGGAAGCUGGCUUUUAGAUUUAUAUGUAGAUACAUAGUUAUACAGAAGAAAUAAUGAUACUUGAUUUAUUUCAUCACAUCACAAUCAGGCAUGACUCAGAAUCAGAAUCCAGUGCAGAAUUUUGCAGGUAGAGGCUGGCUCGAGUCUCAGGGUCAUCUAUUAAGUUCAGUGGGACAAAGUACACAAGUUUCAACAUGAGCUGAGAGGCAGCAAACCCUGAUAUCAUCAGGGCAGAUGGGUAGAUUAACCCAUUUCCUAGUUGUGUCACCGAGUAUUUGCCCAACAUCACCAUAAGACAGAAUUUGGUGCAGGGACCUCAUCAGAUGUUCUCUAAUGCCACCAUGGGAGGGCCCUUAAGGUCGAUAUAUAUUCACAUUGGUGAAACAUUAAAACUGCCCACAUUACAAGGUAGGGAAUGGUGGCUUUGCUUUCUGGGAAAUGGGCGUAUAUUCUCUCUCCAGGUCUCCUCUCAAGAAACAUGUGGUGGAACAGCCAAGUGCAGUCUUAAUUCAAAACUUUGCCAGUGAAAAUCAAAAUGCACAAAUCUGUGGUAGCUAAGUUUUAGAGAGAGUAAAUUAUUGAAGCUCCAUUAUAGUUCUUUCUGCUUGUAAAACGGUACUCUGGAACUAUGUUUAUAGUGUUUUCAAGUGGAAAGUUACAUUUGUACAGAAGGAAUGAUUGGAUGAAAUCAUGUUAGUGCAAAGUAAGCAUUUUACAUUUUACAUUCAAGUGAGCUUCCUGCUUGAAAUCUUUGGUGCCUGUCAAUUUGAAGUUAGAGGUGUUUUGUGUGCAGAUCUUAAUCCUGUUCAUUUGCUAGUUUUCUUCUAGAUGAGCCAGUGUAGACUCUCAAAGCUUUGUCGGAUAAAGAAAACCACAGUAUUUCAAAUGUUUGAAAUAAUUUCUUUCCACACCAGGAAUUAACUAUACCACCUCAUUUAAUGUAACCAACUGUUCAUUUUCAACAUGGUGGUGACUUAUUUUAUGGAAAGAAUAGCAAUUUUCAUUCCUUAUUGGAAAGAGAUUUACUUUAAAAGGGAAAGAGGAUAGGAAAUGAAAUUUUUAAGUCUACCUCAACAUUGUGUAGCUUGGAAUGUUGUUGCCAAAAACAGUGUGGAUUACUUGCCCAAUGUAGAUUACUUUUAUGGCUCUCUAAAGAAAUAUUUAUUUUCCCCUUCCCUUCCCUUCCUAGUGGAAGCAGUGUUCUGUGGAAUUCAAAAACUCACAAACUACUUUGUGAAUUUUGGUUGUUUCUAAUAAAACUUCUGUUUUACUGUUACUGAUUGAAAUUUAUUUUUCUAUCCAAUUACAACUGUUUCUGCAUUUACUGCUAUGGGUGUUUAAUAACCAAUGGGGUGUCAUUCUGUUUCAAAAUGUCAUUUUUCAUUUCAUUUUCAUAUUCAUAUAACAUAAGCUUGUAAAAAAAUCCUCAAUAUGGUUUACAAUUAAAAAGAUAAUGCAGAAUUGCAUAAUAGAUAAUAGUGAUUCCAGUCUGUUGCUGUUUUCGGAUGGGAUUUUGUCACAUACUGGCAGAUUCAGGUUGUGCAGUUAACUUGACUUGGAGCUCCUGCAUCCACUUCCACAGAAGACUGGACUUUUUAUAAUAAGGAAAGAGAUGUGGAACUUCAUUGGAAAGUGUGUGAUAAGACUUGCUUUGAUGCAAUGGAGUUUGUCCCUGAGACAAAUUAGGAUGCUUACUCAUUAAAUAGCAAAUAUCAUCUAACGUCUUUUCAAACAAAUCAGGAUGAAUGCUUACUAAACAAGUUGUCUGGAAGCAACCUAUGUCAAAGAACAUGGUUGGACAGUUACAGGCUGAACACAUUAGUGGAUGUUAUACAGAAUAAGGAUUCUGAUAGUUUCUCCCUGGCUAGAAUCUUCUUGGUAUAUCCUUUUACAUAGACUUCCUGCUGAGUGGAUUAAAAGAGUACUUCAUUUUAAUGAAUCUGGUAACAUAGGCACACAUAUAUUCAUUUGGAUAUUACAAAAAUUUCCUGAUCUUGUCACAAGACUACAGUUUCCAAUAGUCAGUAAUUGCAACCUACUACAGUGGUACCUCGGGUUACAUACGCUUCAGGUUACAUACGCUUCAGGUUACAGACUCCGCUAACCCAGAAAUAGUGCUUCAGGUUAAGAACUUUGCUUCAUGUUGAGAACAGAAAUCGUGCUCCGGCGGCGGGAGGCCCCAUUAGCUAAAGUGGUGCUUCAGGUUAAGAACAGUUUCAGGUCAAGUACAGACCUCCGGAACGAAUUAAGUACUUAACCUGAGGUACCACUGUAUCAAUUAAUUACAAGAGCUGUGAUGUUUCGCUAUAUUAAAUUAUUCCAAAACACUAAUGCCAAAUAGACCUCUACCUGAAUAAACCUAUGGAGCAGUGAAUUGAUCCUGGCUAUUACCGUAUUUUUCGCACCAUAGGAUGCACCGGCCCAUAGGACGCAUCAAGUUUUUUUGGGGGGAAAUAAAGAAAAAAAAAUUAUUUCCCCCCCCCCGGGCGCUAUGGGGCCGGCAGCGGGAGAAGCGCUCUUCUCCCGCCGCCCGUCUUCAGAUCAGGUCGGGGGACAGCGGGGAGACGCGCUGCACCUCCCAGCUGUCCCCGGAGCUUGCGGGGAAGGCAGCGGGGAGAAGCGCUCUUCUCCCUGCCGCCCGCCUUGAGAUCAGGUCCGGGGACAGCGGGGAGACGCGCUGCGCCUCCCAGCGGCCCCCGGAGCUUGCGGGGCAGGCAGCGGGGAGAAGCGCUCUUCUCCCCGCCACCCGCCUUCAGAUCAGGUCCGGGACAGCAGGAAGCCGCGCUGCGCCCCCCAGCUGUCCCCGGAGCUUGCGGGGCCGGCGGCGGGGUCUCCCGCCAUCAGCCUCCAAACCACUUCGGGAGACAGCGGGAUGGCGGCGUUCCGCCUCCCUCUGUCCCCCGACCUUGUGGGGCUGGCGCUGGGGCUCUCCUGAAGCCUGGAGAGCGAGAGGGGUCGGUGCGCACCGACCCUCUCCGCUCUCCAGGCUUCAGUGAAAGCCUGCAUUCGCACCAUAGGACGCACACACAUUUCCCCUUCAUUUUUGGAGGGGAAAAAGUGCGUCCUAUACGAAAAAUACGGUAGUUCACUUUCUCCCAGACAGUGGUAUAGCAAGAGCAAGGAUAAACAAGGGUGAUGUGCUGCCACUUUUUUAAAGCAGUUAAUGAUAUCAUCUCCUGGGUGCUUUUUGCCAUUUCUCAGCACGAGAAACAACAACAAACCAGGCCGAGGCAGAUUAUAUUAACUACUACUUUUGUUUUGAAAAGUCAAAAAUCCUUUUAUUAUGACCAACCAAAAUGCCACAAAAUAAAAACUUUUAAAUCCUCCAGGAUGAAUGUCAAACAAAGGGGGUAGGGAAAGAAUGCACCGGACAAAAAUUCUCUUUUGUUGUAUAAUUUUAGAAGUGGUCAUGGCUAUUGAAGGGUUGCAGUGCAGAGCACCAACACUUCAAACUCUAGCACUAUAACAGUGGUCCCAGACACCCUCUUCAAUCAAGGCCUCUUUGCUUUUUGGAAAAAGGCAGUGGCCAGAUGCGUAAGGGGUGCUAAUAUAGAAAGAGCAAUUUUGACCAUUAAAAUGACAACUGCUAUAUAAUGGAGCAACUACACUUAAAAUUUAGAGUGGUAAGAAGUGUUUUUUUUAAAACCAAUGCAAGAAGAAAGCUUCUUUUGAUCCUUCCUUUCAGGUUCAGAGCUGACAGCCCUUUCUCAUGCCCUUAGAUAGUAUCUCCCCUAGUGUGCUUUUUGGAUGCCACAGCUGAUACUGAAUGCAGUGUUACUUCCUCUGUCAGAGGUGGGUUCUUAGAAUCAUGUUGACAAAAACGUUCUCCAGCCAUUGGCUUUUCAGACUUAAAGUUACAACUCAGGGUGCUGAUUUUGGUGUGCAAAGCAUUAAGUAGCUUGGGCACUGUGUGCCUACAAUAACUCUCUCUUCCUUGUUUGCUGCUUUAAUUUCCAAGAUCAGCAGCAUGUAUGCUUUUGACCUAUACCAUCUCUGCCAAGUUCAUAUGACAAAGAAGUGGAAAGACAUUCUUGGUGGUUGCCCCAAAAUGUAGGCUAUGUUCCCAUUGGUGACAUGCCUAAAACCAAAGCCAGGCAUCUUCCCAAAGCAAUUCAGGACCUUUGGGUAAAAAGCAAACAAACAGCCUAGUGAGUUUUAAAGGGUAUUUUUUAAAAUUGUGAGUAAAGAGAGGAUUUGAUUUUUCUUUCAAACUAUUUAAACCCUUGUGGCUUCUUAUAUUGGAACACGUGCAUUCUGUAUUUCUGCUUGAUGUGAAGCCAGAGAAGGUGUAACUUGAUCUUUGAGCCACGUUUGGUAAAUACUAGUUUUGUGAAUACAUUAAGUUCUACGGUUAACAGAAAAACACUAUACCAGAUAUGUAGUUUAUUUUCCCCUCUUCAUUUCAAAUUGUUAGGCGGGAUUAAUGACCCGUAAACUCGUUUUCACUGUGAUCUGAUAAUGUUUGUUGGUCUUAACUUGCUCUUCUUGUUGAAAUGUUUCAAUAAAAUGGUUUCUCACAAAAUUUUCUGUAGAAUAUAAGUAUUCAAAAUAUUUCCUACUACUCGCUGCUACUUAGCAUGACUGUUACUGCCUAAUCCAUGGGUAGGCAAACUAGGGGCCGGAUCCGGCCCAGUCGCCUUCUAAAUCUGGCCCACAGACGGUCCGGGAAUCAGCGUGUUUUUACAUGAGUAGAAUGUGUCCUUUUAUUUAAAAUGAAUCUCUGGGUUAUUUGUGGGGACUGCCUGGCAUUUUUACAUGAGUAGAAUGUGUGCUUUUAUUUAAAAUACAUCUCUGGGUUAUUUGUGGGGCAUAGGAAUUUGUUCAUUUCCUCCCAAAAUAUAGUCCGGCCCCCCACAAUGUCUGAGGGACAGUGGACUGGCCCCCUGCUGAAAAAGUUUGCUGGUCCCCUGGCUUAAUAUAAAGGAGCAUUUCAUUUGAAUAUAAAGCCCACCCAAAUUCCCAAAUGAUCUUGAAAAAUUGUCUUGUGAAUUUAUUCUCGCUGUACUAGUUUGGUGGAUUUGGGAAAAAGUGACACCCCUGCCUUAUCACAUUUCCUCCAUCAAAGGUUUUUUGAUAUAUACUACCUCUUCUAAAAAGAAUCGGGAGUUACAAGAGACUAGUAUACUAGAAGGCUAAUGCAUUCACAGAUCAUUUUUUUUCAACCUUUUAACAGUAGACACUGUGGGAAGUGAGUGAGUAGCAAAGGAACAAUGAGGAGAGGUGUUAAAUCUUUUUACCACCUCCACCUUGUGAUUCCACUAAACACCCUGACACUGCUAUUAGCCCUGGAAGGAAGUUUAUUUGGUACCAAUGGAAGCAUCUCUCACAACCAAAAAUAAUAUCCUUUCAAGGGGAUACUUUUGGAGGUACUAUAAUGUGGGGGAAAGGAUUGCACAUAGCUAAUCUCCUCACAUCCCCUUGUGGCUACUGUUGCCAAAGGAGCAACAUUUCACCUCACACAUUUCAACAUCACAACUGUUUUGGCUCUGCACGUUGGAAGAAACAGUGCAGAUGAUCUGUAUUUGAAGAUAGGACUGUUCUCUUGUUCCCUCAAGUAUGUUUGCUUGGGGUCUCAUAAGUCUGAGUGAUAUUCCCAUGGUUUUAGCAUCUCCAAUGUAGGAAGAGGGGGUAUACCUUCCUAUCUGAGGGCCACAUGGACAAAUGUUUUAGAUCUGUGAGUAAACACUGUGAUAUUGUUUCUUUCUGCAGCCUAUGCAGACAAUGGGUAGUCCUCCAGCAUGCAUCCAGGUUGGAAGAAACUGCAGCCACUUGGCAGGGCUGUAGGCUGUUUCUGUGACUUGCUGUGUGAGAGAAGCAUAAACAAUUUCUGCUGUAAGUUUCUUGUUUUUCACCUGCAGCAUUUCAGAGUAAGCAAUAUUUAAGUAACUUCACAAAUAUUGAAGUGUCCAGGCUUUUUAAAAUGUAUUUGCGAAUACAUGUGCAAAUAGAGUAGCUCAAGAAAAAGUACACUGCAGCUGAAAGCAACAUACAAUGUGAAACAAUAAUGAAAUUUGGAACACUGCUUUUUCUAUAGUAUAGAAAAAAGAUACUGCUCCUGAAAAAGAGAUGUGUUAAAAAGUGUUGGAUUUGUGGACAAUAGGGAUAUGAUUAGGUGUCCAUGCUGUUGACAUUGACCAUGGUGCUGGUCCUUCCUGCCUCUUAAGUGUGUAUGACUAUUCUCACUACUCUGCCACCUCCUGGUUCAGAAGGAGUAGUGCAAUUUGUCUGUGUUACGCUGUACAAUGGUACCUCGGUUUACGAACGUUCUGGAAGUCCGUUCUUAAACCAAAACUGUUCUUAAAGCAAGGCACGCUUUCCCUAAUGAGGUCUCCCGCCACUGGUGCCCUUCCACCGUUCGGAUUCCGUUCUUAGACCGAGGUAAAAUUCUCAAACUGGGACACUAUUUCCAAUUUUGCAUAGUUUGUAAACCGAAUUGUUCUUAAACCAGACUGUUCUUAAACCGAGGUACCACUGUAUUUGAGGUUGCUUGGAGCACCCUCUAAGAACAGCCCGGCUACAAGUUCCCCAUUCAUUCCAGAUUUAGGUGAAAGGCUGGACUUAGUCUGUGUUGGGCUGUGUUUUGGAAUCACACCAAUAGACCUUGGAAGUACAGUACAGUACAACAAACAUGUGCUCCAGUCCUCCUCCUGAAAUUAGAGAUGGGGAAAGGAAUUGUUCCUAACCUUGUGUCAUGCCUUAGAAGCACUCACCACCUCUGAAGCUCAGUGUGAUGGCAUUCAGUGGUUCCUGAUAACCAAAGUUUGGCUAGUUACCAAGGCUAGCAAAAUAAAAAUCAGAUCCUUGGCUACAAUCAGUGUAGGAUUUAUCUUUCUUCUUUUAUUUAGUAUAAUAUAGCACUAUACAGUACGAUCACAUAUUGCAUGCAGUUAACCUGCGCAAUUUCAACCAUGCACAGUUGAAAGCUGUUAUUGCAUGCAAGGCAGAGGACCAGGUUUUCCUUGCUUACCAGGCUUAGGGAUGCUCUAGUAAGAUCUUGCAGGAACUCAGGCAGCCCCAUGAAAUCUUGUUAGAGCAGGGGUCACCAACAUACGGCCCAGGGGUCAGAUAAGGCCCGAGGGACUCGUUUAUCCAGCCCCUGGCGACUGCCACCCGCUCUUACCGAUGCGGUGCGGUGCAGCGCGGGGACCCAUUUCCGGGUCGGAGGAGCACCGGAAAUAGCUUGCGCAUGCACACGGGCCUCCUCCGACCUGGAUGUGUACCGGAAAUAGCGUGUGCGCGCGCGCUCCCUCGCCCUCCAGCCCACCAUGCAGUCGUUGCUGGAGACACCGGCCCGAGGCAAGGAAAGCUUGGAGACCCCUGUGUUAGAGCAUUCCAGAGCUGAAGGUGAGGAUGGUCAUGUGGGGGCAGUUCCAUGGUACAUUCAUUGGGUACAUACAUUUUUGUUUAUAUGCACCAUCCCUGGAACAUAAGCCCAAUGCAAGAUGUGAUCAUACUGUACUUUUUAAUUCUGGUUCUCAUUUAUGAAAAAUUGCAUAGGUAAUGUUGAAAAUAAAAUUGAACACUGCAUCUUUUAAGACGCUUGUGCUUUUGUAUAGGAGGGGAGUUGGGCAAACUAUCACAAUCUUAAUAAUCCUGAAUGAAUAGUAAAACACUGAAGAUUAUGAUGUGAGUCGUAUAGCCCCAAGUAGGACAUGUGAAAAGAAACAGAAGUAGGCAUUGUGGGAAUAUCUUACUGGCCUAAACUUGCAUACUGAAUAUUCUGAAAUGGUGAAAAUCUAAUUUGCAGGAAGCUUGGGUAGGUCACAGUAUUGUUUGACUACAUUCUGAAAGGACAUGUAGAAUAAGAACAAAAAACAAACACACAAUUCAUUCUCAUAUUUUCCACCAACUUCUGGAGGCUGCUUCAAGCAGCAGUGUUUGCAGUUUGAGGCCUGGAAAUGGUUGAGCACCGUAAAAAGUUUUAUAAUAGAUACCAAGUGAACAAAUACAAAUUGUUCAUACAGUUUUAUUUCUAAUUUGUCAUUUAAUUAGUUGGCUGUAUUUUCAAACUUCUUUCUCCAAAAGUGGCAGGUUAAGAAAGUUAAUAUAAGGAUUCAUACCAGCAAAUGCAGAAAAAAGACAUUAGUUCCUCUCUUCUUAACAUGCAGUUUUUUCCUUCUUCCCCAUCCCCUUCAAUACUGUUUCCUAACCGAAAGAUUAUUCAGAAAACUAAAAAACAAAGCAGGGAAUAAGGGGCACACACAUUAGCUUACUCACCAGCAAGCCAUUGUUAGAAAUUAGCCUAGCACGUUUUGCUACUGGCACAGGCCCAAUUGUGACUAUGUGAAGAUUUCUGGGCGCCAAGUUGGCAACCACAAUUUAAAAACCUCUGCCUUAGUCCGUAGUUAAGCCAGUUCCAUUCCCACUGUGUGUGUUUCUCCUCCUUGCAUACUGGGACAAGUGAAUUGUUGCAAGAGCAAGAUACAGUCAAGCAAUGUAGUUCAUAUCGUAGAAUUGUAGCCUUGGAAGGUACCCUGAAGAUCAUGUAGUCCAACCCCUGACGAAUAAACAUUCCGUGUAGUGACCGUAACCUACAUUUAAGGUACCUAAUGGCACAUACCCAUUAGCUCUUUAGAAACCAUGUUGUUGUUGUUGUACCCUACCUAAAGGUAGCUUACAGAUAAAAAUAAGGACUGUUAAAAACACAGAGAGAAACAAUUUAAGCCUUCCGGUUCUGAAAGUACUGAUGCCAAGCUUACAUUGCCCUCAGGUGUAUCCUUCCUGUUACUGUUCCUUUGCCAAUAAGAAAUUAUAUCCCUUGAUUGGAUGGUGAGUGGAAUUAACAUUUCCCCCCACUUCAGAUAAAAGUCAUUAGUGCACACACAUGUUGAUAGGGACAGGCUAGUUUUGGAGUGAAGAAACUUUUUUUUUUUUUUUUGGUAGCUGGUACUGCCAGACUGAAUGGUCACUUCUGGCUCGGGGCUUAAUCUACACACAUGGAACAUGUUGCUGCAUGUCCUUAAGAGGUGGAGGCAGGACAAGGUAUGUGGUCAGAUUGUGCAGUUUUGCACAGGUUUGGCAUGCUUAAUUGAAAUAGACCAGUAUGACAUGUGGAAUCUUGAAGUGCGCUUUUCAGCUACCCAAAUGUGUCUUCAAUCAAGGAAUAGAAUUGUGCAGCAAAUGACAGUUGUAGACUGCCUGAGCUAAGCUGUGUUGCAAGUUCUCCUGAACAGGGCCAUUAAAUAAGGGAACCAUGAAUAUAGUCUCCUGCAAACAUAAAGGUAAAGGUACCCCUGCCCGUACGGGCCAGUCGUGUCCAACUCUAGGGUUGCGUGCUCAUCUCGCUUAAGAGGCCGGGAGCCGGCGCCGUCCGAAGACACUUCCGGGUCACGUGGCCAGCGUGACGAAGCUGCAGCUGGCGAGCCAGCACCAGCACCGCACACGGAAACACCGUUUACCUUCCCGCUAUAAAGUGAUACCUAUUUAUCUACUUGCACUUAGGGGUGCUUUCAAACUGCUAGGUGGGCAGGAGCUGGGACCGAAAGACGGGAGCUCACCCCGCCGCAGUGAUUCGAACCGCCGACCAUACGAUCAGCAAGUCCUAGGCACUGAGGUUUUACCCACAGCGCCACCCGCGUCCCUCCUGCAAACAUAGAACAUACUUAACACCAUGCUUACACUAUGCAUGACUUUGCUAAUGGUUCAUUCAGCAUGAAGCCAGUCAAUUCGUAUCUGCUCAAUUGCCUAGCAUUUAGAAAAAGUGAGUAUAUUGAGUGCUUUGUGAAAAACAUGCAGAUAUUUAUGAGAUUUUAGACGGUGAAUUUAUUUAAUAGAAUCUGAACAGGUUGGUGCAAUUAUGGGCACAUUAGAAUCUGGAAUAAAAUAUGAAUAAGAAUAUGGUAAAAAGAUCAGCACACUUAUUCGUAUUACUUAUUGGUGGUUUGGGGAAGUUUAAAUUAUCCAAGAACAAACAUUUCUCUUUACUGAAUUUCAGAGAUUGGUACAACGGAAGAACUAUGUGUUCUGUUCUUGUUGUUGUUGUUUACAGUAAAUUUACAAUUGUCCCUAUCAGUGACCUCACAAACAGGGCUUCUUGGAAAUUAAAACAUUUGCUACAACUCAGUUGUGCUAUAAUUUUUAUAUUCAUAAGCAAUUUUGCAAAAAGUUUACAUUUUAAAAGUUGCUGAACAAUUUGUAUAACAAUUUGUCAUGAAUGGUAUUGUUGCCAAGAGUAGUUCUCCCCACCCAUCCCUUUUUAUAGUUUUUGUUGUAGCUGCUGUUAUUGGCCAGUCUUUUCUGUGGGUGCUAAAGUCUAAAAGAAUGAAAUGUAUAACUGAGCCAUGGACUUAGAAUAUUCUAUCUUAUGUUCUAUUACAAUAGUUGCAUUUUAUUUGUGUGAAGUCCAUACAUUUCUAUCAUAUAGACACCUAGAAGCCUGAGGCCGGAAAAAUCCAGCAAAGAUGCAUGUGAUGCAGGAAAAAACCCCUGCAUACCUGACCAGACCUUGUUUUACUGCAGCAGUUCUCGGUAUUGAAAAGACAAAUUGCUUCUUCAGCUAAUCUCUUUUUGGCAGUGCUUCAUACUGCAGCAAAAGGAGAAAGCAAAGUUAUGUCUGCGCGCAUAGUUGUUGUUUGCCCCUGUGUCUUUUCUUCCUUUGGAGACAUGCCACACUAGCUCUGUGGUGUCCAGUACACAAUUUGUUACACAUUUAUUGAUAUAUCUGCAUCGUGUUUAUACCUGCAGCAGCUUUCAGUAAAUAUAUUGAAACAGUAAGCAGAUUUGAUAAAUUAACAAUAUUGCAACAGCAGCACAAAAACCAAAUGACAGCAAAGUGAACAUUUAUUUAUUUGUGCAAAUUUGUAUAUGGUUAAUAAUAAAGAAUAUCAAAGUGGUAUAAAAUAUAAAACACCAUGAAUUAGAAAUUUAGUAAGAUACCGUCAGAAAAAUGAUUUAUGUGUCUUUGUACCCAAACUCGGUAUAUGUUAAUUUGUUACGAGAACCAAUAAAGUUGGUCAAAAGCUGUCUUGACCAAAGCCACCACUUCAAUACUCCCAGAUGAUGUACCUGCUCCUCCCCCUCUAGAACAAGUUGUCAUAGGGUCUGCUGUCCCCACUACCUUCAUCUUGUUUGGAUUAAGCUUCAGUUUGUUGGCCCAUGUCCAGCCUUUCACUGAUUUCAAAUACAAGAGCUUCACGGGUUACUUAAAGUGAGAUUUAAAAGCUGCUGGGGGCAGGGGGAAUAGGCUGUGAUGAGCUCCCCUGCAGGACCUCAGAAGUCAACUCUCAUGUGGACAAACAGAAAUGUGUAAUACUAUCUUCAGAGACCUGUCCUUCAGGAUAGAUUAGAACCUUGAAAUGCACUCCAGAUACUCAUAAUGAGAAAAUUAAAUGCUCAGUGGCACUGAAAGUUGAUGCAAUUAAGUGCUAUCGAAAUUUGUGGAAGUACUUAUUUCCCCAUUGGCAAGACAAGUUUCACUCAGUUUUACAGUUCUAGAAAUUUACUCAGUGGGUUUCCAUUGGCAUCCUGUCUCUGAUUGGAGAAGGGUCGGGCUACUACAACACAGAUGCCUCCCAAGUUCAAGGACUUGGGGAUGUAAAAGGUAGCUUCUUCGUUUUCACUGGCUUUUGCAUAAGCAGUGUGGCCCUACCUGUACUUUCUAGAAAAGCCCAUCAUGAAGACUGAGAAAACCCUUCUCUUCCUGAAUUCUCUGCACCUGCAAAAUUAAGGAAGGCGUGGUUUCUUUCUCUUUUCUUUGGCCGCAGGAGUCAGUGUGACUACAAAUACUUGCUGGCUAUUAAUCCCUGCUCAGUCUUCAUCUCUAUGAUUUGUCCAGUCACAGAAUGUGACAGCUGCCUUUUCUUGGUUUGACCCAUUUAACUAAGUUAUAUAGUUCUCAAACAUUUCUUAUUUCUAAAAGACUUUUUUGCUUAGAUUUCAGUUUAUUUUAAUAUUUUUGUUUCAGUUUGGUUGAGUUUCAUUUUUGUCCAGCUACACUUCUUUUGCAAUUUAAGAAUUAAAGCAUAAAAGUUGCAAAGUGUAAUUCCAUGUUGUAUGGCAUUUGAAUAUCAGAUAGUUCCUAACCUUCUUCAAGGAAAUAGGGUAAUUCUGGAUUAUAUCAUGAAAUGGCUAUAAUAUUAAUGCUUUUGUCUUUUAAGAUUGCAAAAUGGUCUACAUAGUUUUUUCUAAUUCUUUUGCAGGGUGUGGGUGGGUUGGUGGACGUAGAAUAGGAUAGUUUUGCCUAAGGCAUUAUUAUAUAUUAAAGGGGGAAUGCGUGCUUAUAUUCUUAGAGGUAAGAAGUCAGAACUGCUGAUGAGGAAAACAGUGCUUUCUCAGUCCUUGCCUAGUCACUUAGUUGAUAUUUAUUUUAUGUUGUAUAUUGUAGGUCACAGGUCUAACAUGCAUUGUCAUAUCUAUAAAAAUGUAAUUGUGUUUCACUUGUUGCUAAAGUGGAAGGUGUAAGUUCUGUCUUCCUAAAUGUGGAGAUCUGUCCUGAAUUUGUGCUGCUCAAGGCUAUCCAUUCCCCAGUAAGCCAUUCAAUUGGCCUUUGCUAAUAUCAUUGGAAAAGAUAUGCGGAGUAAAUUUACAGACUAUUUGAAAAGUAACUGUGAAGAACAGUUUGUAGGGUUGCAAGAAGUUUUGUGAGGAUUAUUAUUAGAAGUAUUGUAAAAAUGGACAAGGGGGAGGAUGAUUUGUUAAGAGAUGUAAAGGCAAUAUAAAGUUAAGAAAUGCAUAAGAAGUGGUUAAAAUGGUGGAUCAUCAGAGGUGCUGAUGGAAGUCUAAAAAGAUUGUAUAAGUGAUAAGUUUUGUGGUACAUUUUAUAAUUUAUAUGUUAAAAUUAAUUUAAAAAAAUAUUAUAAAAAAGGAAAAGAAAUGCAGAAACUACUUGGGAUAAUAAAAUUGCUCCUAGGUAAAGAAAGAAUACUAUAAAAUUCAUUGUCAGUAGAAACCAUAUGUAUAGGAUGAGGUAGCUAGCUUGGAACAGCGAUAUGACAGCUGGAAGUAAUUUUGUUGUCAAUUAGAGGAUAAUAUAUGGUACGGAAUGUGUGGUACACAGAGUUUUAGUGCUUUAGUUGUAUGUCUGCCCCACACAGAGAAAUGUGUAAAACAAUAUGCAGAUAUGCUUUCUUAAUUUUAUUCUGAAACUUCAUUGUGGUGAGUUUUUGGUUCAUAGCAGAGUUGUUCCACAAUGUAUUAAUUGGCAGAAGUGUUGACUUGUUUCAGAUUGAACUUAGAUGCACAUUGGUCUUAUUCAAUGGACUCUUGGAAGCACUUAAACAAUUUCUUCUCAGAUACUGCAAUGCUGCUGGAAUGCUCAGUAGGACAUCCAAGGAUAUGAAUCCAUGUUGGGCCUAUUAUAUGGCUACUGCAAUUGCAAUAAUCAUGACAGCUAUCUUUAAAACUAUCUCAAUCUCGGAAAUCAUAACUAAAUGUAUAGGCUAUACUGGCUUAUAGAAGAACCAUGUUGACCCAUGGUCAACCCUCCAGGGGCCCUUUAUCAAGGUAGAUUUAGCUGAAGUGUGAAGGUAUGGCCAUUUCCCCCCCAAAAGGACAAUUUAUUUAUUUAUUUAAUUAUGGGGGACACAAAACCUUUUGGUACCAUAGUGGGGUAUCUAUAGGAUCAGUCAGCUUUUUAAUUUAUUUAAAGAAUUAAUGGCAAAUUUGACAGGCACAGAAAACCUUGCAUCAUUGCAGUACAGCAUGAGACCCAUAACAGUGGGCAUUUAAACAAAAAAAAAAACUUUAAAAAGUCAUUAAAAAAACAAAUUACAGAGUUUUUAGCUUCUUUUUUUGAUGGGGACAAAAAGCCUCUUUAGGGGAUGGAUACAGAUGACUACCCCUGCUUUAUAUAUUUUAUAUAUUUUAAAUCAAUCCCUGGCCCAGGCUAUUGUUCCAUCCUGCCUAAAGUCCUCUAUUAUCGUUCCAAUAGCAAAAAAAUCUAACCCGGAAGAUCUGAAUGAUUUUCGUCCAGUAGCACUCACACCUAUAAUCAUGAAGUGCUUUGAAAAGCUGGUACGAAAUUAUGUCAUUGCCUGCCUACCAGAGGGACUGGACACAUUCCAAUUUGCUUAUAAAACGAAAAGAUCGACAGAGGACGCUGUGGCGAUUGCCCUCCAUGCCGUCCUUGCACAUUUGGAGCAGCGGGGGGGUUAUGCCAGACUGCUUUUUUUAGAUUUCAGCUCGGCAUUUAAUACCAUUCUACCACAACGUCUGAUGUCUAAACUGGAAGAUCUGGGGCUUCCGUUAUCACUUUGUGGGUGGAUAUUGGACUUUUUGUCAGACCGCCCCCAGAGGGUUCGGUUGGGCCCCUAUACCUCUAAUAUGCUCAAGACUAACAUAGGAACACCACAGGGAUGCGUACUCAGUCCGCUCCUUUAUAUUCUCUACACGUACGAUUGUGUCGCUACUCACCCUAGUAAUAGGGUUGUCAAAUUUGCAGAUGACACAACCGUGAUUGGGCUCAUCUCUGAAAGGGAGGGUGAAACGGAUUAUAGAGAUGAGGUGGAGCGGCUGACAGAGUGGUGCAGAGCUAACAACUUGCUCAUAAAUACAAGGAAGACAAAGGAGCUUGUGGUGGACUUCAGGAGACAGAAGAGCAACGUCCAGCCACUUUUGAUUGAUGGGGUCUGUGUGGAGAGGGUAACAACGUUCAGAUUUUUGGGUAUUGAAUGACAAGAGGAUCUGUCCUGGAGUGUCAACACAAGGGGGCUUGUGAAGAAGGCGCAGCAGAGACUGUACUUUUUGAGACUACUAAGGAAAAACCAUCUUCCGCAGAAACUGCUGCUUGCCUUCUAUCACUGUGCCAUUGAGAGCGUGCUCACUUAUGGCUUAUGUGUGUGGUACGGAAGCUGUACUACCCAGGACAGGAUGGGGUUGUGCAGGGUUGUUAAGGCAGCAGAGAGCAUUGUUGGCUGCCCACUCUCCACCUUAGAGCAGAUUUAUGCCACAAGGUGCCAUAGGAAGGCACUGGACAUAGUAAAAGACCCAUCGCAUCCUGGUCACUGUCUCUUCGAGCUCUUGCCGUCGGGACGGAGAUACAGGACGAUGAAGACAAGAACUAGCCGUCUUAAGAACAGCUUCUUCUCCAGAGCGAUCUCGGCCCUGAAUGGGAAGCCCGGACUUUGAAAGUCAUCUAAUCUCCCUUGCUGUAUUAUACUGUAUUGAUUAAUUAGUGUUUUUAUGGAGCAGUCAAGUAAUUUCGUUGUCCCCGAAGGGUGCAAUGACAAUAAAGAUAUUAUUAUUAUUAUUAUUAUUAUUGUUGUUGUUGUUGUUGUGAAUAUGCAAUUCUUGGUAGGCUUUAAGCCCGUAAACAGUUCCUAUUAAAAUUUGUCCUAAAGCACGCACCCUGAAAAUGGGCUUAUACACUUUGUAGAGUGAAGAGAGAUAUCUCUAGAGGCUGUGAUGAAGGGAGCAUUAAGCAAUAUGUUUUAAAAGAAAAUGUCACUAAUCUUGUUUUAAAAAAACUGUAUUUGAAAGCAUGUGAUGAAUUUAUUGUAGCUGACUUUUUAAAUCUUGUCUUCCACAGGAUGCUGAGGCAGAAGAGAUGAUUGUUCAUUUGCACUAAGGCUUGGAACUGCCUAUUGAACAAAAGUCCUGACCAGGCAACAUACGAAUGGCCCAAGGAAGCCAACAAAUAAAUUUUCAGGUUUUACAUGACCUGCGCCAAAAAUUUCCUGAGGUACCUGAAGUUGUUGUGUCCAGAUGCAUGUUACAGGUCAGUGCUAUGUUGUUUCUGUUUACGUAGGCACUUUAGUGCCAAUAAUUAAAAGUACUUACAAAGUCUUUCCCCACUAACCUACUUAAGUGUAGAUUUCCUCUAGUAGACCCUUCCCCAUCCCAGUUUUUUUGCUAUUUUUUCUUUUCUUUUAAUUUGCUUUUAGAUAUUGCAGUUUUUCCCUUUCCAUGUUGCCUAACCUUUUGAAUCUUAACUUGUCAUAUCCUCAGUUUAAGGUUUAAAGCAUAUUACUUGUAUAAGGAUUUCAUAUAAAGCUGUUAUCACUUCCAUCACUUGAUUGUAUUGUACUUGCGGUGUCCUAAUCUGCCAGGGAAAUGGGGAUUUUAAGAGGCAUUUCAAAUUAACUCUCAUUCCUUAUAGCUGCCACUUGGUUGGAUAAUAUAUGGUGGUAUUCAACUAAAUUUUACUCGAGCUAGACACAUCAAAAUUAAAGAACAAGACUAAGUUAGGUCUAUUAAUUUCAAUGGAUCUGCUCUGAGUAAAAACAUCAUUGUAUACCACACAUGAGGCUUUUGAAGUGGCUUAGUGAGGCUGCCUUUGGGUAAAGCAGUGGUCACAUUCCCACUGCCCACACCACAACAGGAACAAUGGGUAGGUGCCUUGAACAUUUUUGCACAAAGUUCAAAUUUUAUUACAUGGAUUCAUUUCUAUAUCAUCUAAUCCUAGAGUCUUGAAAAGACUACGGCAGUGGGCAACCCUUAUUACUUCCAGAACCAAAUUGCCUUGGAGGUAAUCUGUCUACAGUGGAUGUGGUAAAAAAAUGGCAGUGGGUGGGACCAUCACACUGUUUCUCUCCCAGCCUGAUUUUCUCUGAUUCCUCAGUUUGUUUCCCUUUCCCUUUCCACAACUCUAAUAUGACUGAUCUCAUGCUGCCAUUGAGCAACAUGGAGGAUAAUGUUCAUAAGGAUUAUGGAAGGAGGAGGGAAUGAAUAAAUACUCCUCUCCCUUUACUACCCCUGUGCUGCUCAGCUGACUGAGGAAUUGCUGAGAGUGGAGAAAAGGAGGCUGGACUGCAGCAGGAGGAAAUAAUCUUUAUCUGGAGCCACCUUUUCCUCCUCUGCUUGGCUGAUCAGUGCGAAGAUGUUUUGUGGGCCAUGUAAGAUUAGGCAGGAGACCACAAAUUGCAUUAUUCUGAACAUUAAGUAUACAGAUGGAGAAUGUGCAUGUUGCCCAGAGAGUGUACAAAAUGCAGGAGGUAUGCACAUUUCCCAAGGCCUAUUGGGAAGUAUGCAUAUUGAUGGGGAAGUAUGCACAGUGGCUGGUUAUCAUGCACAUUAACUACAUAACUUGCAGUACUUCCAGUACAUACACAAAUAUAGAUUGGAUGGGUGGGAUGGAAGGAUAGAUAUAGAAGGAUGGAAUGGGUGGUUAGGAUAGGAUAGACUGGAUGGAAACUAGUUAUUAGUGUUGGUUAUUAAACUAACUUGUUUUUGGAAUAAAGUGUAUUGGUUUGCAAUAUAUCUUUUGGUCUUGUAGCACUUCAGAGUUGUCCAUAUGGUACAAGAUACAAAGUUUCGCUUGUUCUUUUUGUAUACAUACAAGGAUAAUAAACUGAAUUGCUUACUUCAAUUCUAAAGCUGCAAUCCUAUGCACUCAGCAGGAGAGAAGUAUUAGACUCUGAGUCAGGCAGCAUUUUGUCUGCUCUGGGUCCCAUGAGUAAACUUAAAAGCUAAGUUUCAGAAACCUCUUGGCUGCUUCUAACCUAACUGGCAUUCAUUAGCUGGCCAGAGUCAGGUGUGUUCAAAACACUUCCUUCCAGUAUCAUGCAAUUGCUAAACAAUUUUUUCUAUACUAUAUUACGUAGUGCAAAGGUUUAAUGAUGCUAUCCUGCUUCCUCUGUUAACCUAACAUCCUCACAGAAAAUGGAUAUUUUGGUUUCAUUGAUCACCUUCAAAAUCUGCCUAAGUAUACAAAACCAAGAAGAAACAGUUACAUAACGGAGGAGGUAAUUGGGCUCAGUGGAUAAGCUCUUUGUAGUUCCUUUGCCACUGAAAAAAUGUGGGAAGGGAGAUUGACCUCUGAGGAUAACACAUAUUCCAAACACAGAUCUCUCUUUUUUUUUUAAUGAUAUUUAUUAAAGUUUCCCCCCCAAAAAAUACAAAAAAUACAGAAUACAGAAAGAAAAAGAAUAAAGUUUUUUUUAUAUAUAUAACCAAAGAAGUAAAAAAUAAAAAAACAUACCAAAUAAAACAAUUAAAAGGACAUUAAAUUUCCAUAACCUAUCUUCCUUAUACUUAUUUCCCCGGACCUCCUCAUACCUCCCUUUUUUGUAUUCCAGUUCAAUUUGUUGAUUCAGCAAAUCCUUACCAUUGAAAUUACCCAGUUGCAAACCUUUUUUCAUAUCUCUUACAGCAUUACAGCUAAAAAAACCCUUAGUUUCUAUCCAACAUCCUUCUAAGAUUCCUUAAUUUUACAAUAUUUCUGUAAAUAGUCUUUAAAUUUCUUUCAGUCUUCUUUCACCGUCUCUUCUCUCUGGUCUCGGAUUCUGCCAGUCAUUUCUGCCAGUUCCAUGUAGUCAAUCACCUUCAUCUGCCAUUCUUCCAGAGUGGGUAGAUCUUGUGUCUUCCAAUACUUUGCGAUGAGUAUUCUUGCUGCUGUUGUUGCAUACAUAAAAAAAGUUCUAUCCUUCUUUGGCACCAAUUGGCCGACAAUGCCCAGAAGGAAGGCCUCUGGUUUCUUCGGGAAGGUAUAUUUAAAUACCUUUUUCAAUUCAUUAUAUAUCAUUUCCCAGAAAGCCUUGAUCUUUGGGCACGUCCACCAAAGGUGAAAGAAUGUACCUUCAGUUUCUUUACAUUUCCAACAUUUAUUAUCGGGCAAAUGAUAGAUUUUUGCAAGCUUGACUAGGGUCAUGUACCACCUGUAUAUCAUUUUCAUAAUAUUCUCUCUUAAGGCAUUACAUGCCGUAAACUUCAUACCUGUGGUCCAUAACUGUUCCCAGUCAGCAAACAUAAUAUUAUGUCCAACAUCUUGUGCCCAUUUAAUCAUAGCAGAUUUCACCGUUUCAUCCUGAGUAUUCCAUUUCAACAGCAAGUUAUACAUUCUUGACAAAUUCUUAGUUUUGGGUUCUAGCAGUUCUGUUUCUAAUUUUGACUUUUCCACCUGGAAGCCUAUUUUCUUAUCCAAAUUAUAUGCCUCCAUUAUCUGAUAAUAGUGAAGCCAAUCUCGCACUUUGUUUUUAAUUUCUCAAAACUCUGCAAUUUCAGUCUAUCUCCGUCUUGUUCCAAAAUUUCCCAAUAUGUCGGCCAUUUGGCCUCCAUAUUGAGCCUUUUCAGAGCUUUUGCUUCCAUUGGUGACAGCCACCUUGGGGUUUUAUUUUCCAAUAAAUCUUUAUAUCUUAUCCAAACAUUAAACAAUGCUUUCCUGACAAUGUGGUUUUUGAAUGCUUUGUGUGCUUUGACCUUAUCAUACCAUAAGUAUGCAUGCCAUCCAAAUACAUUGUUAAAACCUUCUAAGUCCAAAAUGUCUGUGUUUUCAAGAAGUAGCCAUUCUUUCAACCAGCAAAAAGCUGCUGAUUCAUAGUAAAGUUUAAAGUCUGGCAGGGCAAAUCCACCUCUUUCCUUAGCAUCAGUUAAUAUCUUAAAUUUUAUUCUGGGCUUCUUGCCCUCCCAGACAAAUCUAGAAAUAUCUCUCUGCCACUUCUUGAAACAGUCCAUCUUGUCCACAAUUUGUAGUGUCUGAAACAAAAACAACAUUCUAGGCAAUACAUUCAUCUUUAUCACAGCAAUACGGCCCAGCAGUGAGAGUUUCAAAUUUGACCAGAUUUCUAAAUCUUUUUUCACUUCGGUCGAACAUUUUUCAUAAUUAUCUUUAAAUAAGUUCCCAUUUUUGGCUGUCAUAUUAAUCCCCAGGUAUUUCACUUUCUUUACCACAGUCAAUCCUGUCUCAUUCUGAAACCUCUCUCUUUCAAUCGGUGUUAAAUUUUUCUCUAAAACCUUAGUUUUUAGCUUGUUCAGUUUAAAGCCUGCCACCUGACCAAAUUCUUGAAUUAAUUCUAAAACUCUUUUAGUGCUAGAUUCUGGCUCCUGUAACAUCAAUACUAAGUCAUCUGCAAAUGCUCUCAGUUUAUACUGUUUAGCUCUGACCUGUAUACUUUUAACCAACCGGUCCUUUCUAAUCAUGUUUAGCAAAACCUCCAGGACCGAUAUAAAAUACAGAUCUCAGCCUACUAGGUUUUUUUGAACAUCGAAGUAGUCUUUCCUUUCACUACUGAAAGGUGACCCAAGUAUACCCUGUUGCAUGUAUCCUCUGAGUCCAUUUUUCUAUCCUCCUUGCAUGUAUCCUCUGAGUCCAUUUUUCUAUCCUCCAAGGAACUGUCCUUUCAUUCUGAAAGGAAUUGGAGGAAGAGUUACUGGGUUUUGAAGAUACAUGCCCUGGAGCACUUUUCUUAUUUGAUAACCAACAACAUAUUUGUCUUCCUGAUUCAUGCCAGGUCCACCCUAUCCCUAUGAUAUUCCCUCUUCCUUUCCUCAGCAAAGACAGUUGGCUGCAAAGCCUUAUCAAAUGAUACCUCUUAAAUACAAACAAUUGUUUGGGAUUUAAUUGCUGAUUAAUCAUUUCAGUAAUAUUGAUAUUGGGCAUUAAAACAAAAUUUUAAGAAACACCCUACAUGAUACAUUUCAUAGUCUUAAGUAUUUUUAGGUUCAGAAUUCUCUUUUAAUGCUAACCAGCAAAGUAGAACCUACUUUUAAUUUUGUAUUGCAUUUUAUCUGUUUUUUUAUUCCUUUUUCACACAGCACAAUAUUUGUGAAAGCCAGUGUUUAAUUAAGUUGUUAAAUUAAAUGUGAUGAAACCAUAUUAUUUUUAUUGAUACCCAUUUUUGUAAUUUCUUAUAGAAUAAUAAUAACCUGGAUGCCUGUUGCGCAGUUCUCUCUAAAGAGAGCACAAAAUAUCUCUACGGUGAAGGAGACAUUGGUUUUUCAGAUGAUUCUGGGAUUCCCGGUCUGCGAAAUCACAUGACAUCCCUUAAUUUGGAUUUGCAGUCUCAGAAUGUGAUUCUCCAUGGAAGAGAAGGAAGUAGAAUGAAUGGAAGUAGGACUUUAGCUCAUAGCAUUAGUGAUGGGCACCUUCAAACCAGCCAGUCCAACAGUGAACUGUUUCAUCAGGAACCACAGACAGCUCCAGUCCAGGUUCCACAGGGAUUCUUUGGCAUAUCUAAUACUGUUAGUACUUCUAAUCCAGGGCAGCAUUUUGGAUUUCACUUGGGCAGCAAAGGAACACCUGGCUUGGCUCAGCAAACACCUAGAUUCAACCCCAUUAUGGUAACUUUAGCCCCAAAUAUUCAGCCCGGACGGAAUACCCCUACAUCUUUGCACAUACAUGGUGUACCUCCAAUAAAUAGUCCACAAGGCAAUUCUAUCUAUAUUAGGCCUUAUAUCACAAAUCCAAGUGGUACAGCUCGCCAAACUCAGCAAAAUCCAGGCUGGACGUCUCAGUAUAAUCCUAUGCAUUCUCAACAAAACUACCAGCCUUCACAUACAAAUCCCUGGACAACCCUUCCCACAACCAGUUCCUCGUCGCAUACCUCAUCACAACAAUCAACACAGCCAAACCAGCAAGGCCAUCAGACCUCCCAUGUCUAUAUGCCCAUAAGUUCUCCUACUACUCCACAAGCACCUACAAUUCAUUCAUCUGGUAGCUCGCAAUCUUCUUCCACCCAGAGCCAAUACAAUAUUCAAAAUAUCUCUACAGGACCUCGUAAAAACCAAAUUGAAAUCAAACUUGAACCACCACAAAGAAACAGUUCGUCGAAACUGCGUUCAACUGGCCCCCGCUCAUCCUCUAACUCCUCUUCCCUCAACAGUCAGACUCUAAGUAGAAGUCAGCCCACUGUUUACAUAGCUGCCAGUCCACCAAAUACUGAUGAAAUGACCACACGAAGUCAGCCUAAGGUCUACAUUUCAGCCAAUCCUUCUACAGGAGAUGAACAACUUGUUCGGAAUCAACCCACACUCUUCAUAUCAACAAAUCCAGGAGUUACUGCCACGUCUAGGAAUAUGUCUGGUCAAGUAAGCAUGGGACCUGCGUUUAUUCACCACCACCCUCCCAAGAGCAGAACAGUGGUCAACAAUGCCGCUGCCACCUCUCCCCGAGUGGUUGUUACACAGCCUAACACAAAAUACACUUUUAAAAUUACUGUUUCUCCAAAUAAACCCCCUGCGGUUUCACCUGGUGUGGUGUCCCCAACCUUUGAACCUACAAAUCUUCUAAACCUUACAGAUCACUUUGCAGAGACGGAAGGUAUCCAACACCUUACUGACCCUGUUCAGUACCCACAUGUCGAUAGGAUUAGUGAGGCGCGAAAACUGAGUAUGGGAUCUGAUGAUGCUGCCUAUACACAAGGUAAUAUUUUUAUGUAAGUUGUAGAGAUUUCUGCCUUGUUUUGGUCCAUGAAUUAACGAACACAAUACUGAAAUAGUGGUGGCUUCUACACCUUUAUUUAUUUUAAGUAUGUCAGAAUGGGCAGUAAACAAAUAAGGGACAGGUACAUCUUAGUAAUACUCUGUUGCCAUUUGAUGAAGAAGGCUUGCUUUGGAAAUUUAUCCGUUUAAGUCACAGUGCCUUAUGCAUGUCUUAGAGUAAAUGAUUUUUUAAAAAAUGUGUGUUCCUUUUGUAAACACAUAAUAGGGUAUUUAUGCCAAAGAGGUUAGCACAAUUUUAAAAAAGUCACUUGAUUCACGUGGAUUGAUGAGGAUUUAAUUUUCUAGGACAAUAGGUUAAAUAUAAAAGACUUGAAACAUGUGGAACUAACAAAUGAUUAUUUCCUUUUUAGCACUCUAGAAAUGGUUUUGUAGAAGAGGAGAAUGGUAGCAAGUGUAAAUAUAGUGCAAAGAUCUCUUAAAGAAUCCAGGGACUGAAAGGAUUGCAGAACUGAUGCAGUAGGAAAGCACAUUGUUCAACUCUUAUGGACAGGGGGAAACAUACUACUUUGAUUUCAAGCACUCUACAUUUUUUUCAUCACAUUUCUUACCGAUCAAGGUAGUCAUUUUGUAACCGGAUUGUGUAGUUGACAUAUCUGUCCCAUUGUGCACCAAAAUGUUGAAUAGUUUUAAAAUAGUGCUUCCUUUUAGUUUCUCAGCUGCCCCUACAUCCUGUUGCUCUAGACAUCUCUUUUCAGCAGCCUUCUCCUGUGUAUCCUAAGGGUGCCAAGGAGUUCAGCCUAAGACUUUAAAACUGAAAUAACCACAAGGUAUUAGCUGUGAGAUACUUAUGGAACUUCCAUUCUAUCGGUUUAUCAUCCUAAAUAUUUAAACUUUUACUUUCCUUCUAUGCCUCCAGCAAACUUUAUUAGUGUGAAGGUAGAUUUAUGUUACUAAAGUAAUUCUGUUAAGUUAACCUCUUUUCUAAUAGGUAUCUAAAUUCCUGGUUGGGUUUUGGAAGUUGUUUUUCAAUAUAAAAUAUAAAAAGAGUAGUCAUUUGCAGUUUCUAAUGUACUCACUACCAUGGUUUUCAGAACAAUUCAUAAUUUAGUCAGUCAGAUUAUGCAUUUAGUAUUCCCAUCCUUGAAAAUUCACAGCCUUCAAUUUUAAGGUUUAAAAAGCAUGGAUGUCCAGUGUUAGUCAUACUCACAGUAGAGCCAUUACAAUGGUCUGCUUGUCCAUUUAUUUUAACAGGUCUCCUCUGAGUAUGACUUAGUUGGAUAUCCCAUGAGAGCUGAAUUGAUGCAUAGCAAUAAAACAUAAGAUGGUCGAGUACUAUCAAAAGUCUAUUAGAGCUGCCAGAAGAUAGUUUGACAACUAUAUAUAUUAAGGAAAUUCCCAUCUCUAGUAUUAUAUUUAUACUGAACAAUAAACUGAAAACUAUAAGAGUUAAUGUGCCUAUUUAAAAUACAGAAUAACCAUAAGAAAUUCAAAACUGAACUGUAUUAAGUAUAAAUCCUGAAAUGUCAUUUGGUUUUACAUUAUGCCAAUGAAUUGCUGCUCUUGGGAUAAUAUAUGCAUCCUAGCCAUUUUAUGGCCAUCCAAAGGCUAGGAUAGGGAAGCAGAGUUGAGGAAAUUGCUGGCUGUGGAGCUCAGCGAAGAAAGUUAAAAUUGCUUUCUCUGGCAUUUACUCUGGUAAUUUAGGUGCAUGUUUACCUUGCCCUAUUAUCUCAAAUAAGACAUUGGUAUAUACUCAUGCGUGUUUGAUUAUAUUUAUGUAUACCCUCUGCCCUUGGAUAUCAAGAUAUGACAAGCCAUUUCUUUAUUGCACACCCUUGUAAUUGAGUGAUUGAGGUAACUAUUGUCAUUUCACAUUAGGAUAUAGCAUUGGAAAUAAUUCUUUGCCCAAGACUACCACUCAGUAUCACAAAUAAACUAAGCUUUAAUCUGAGGUUCAUUCUAAACCUUUGUACCAUACCAUCCCCUGUGCUAGCAAGAUGUUAGGUGUACUUUUCAAGCAGCCGUGUAGAAGCCUGCUUAGUAUACUGUUUCUUAAAAGACACUCUUUGCUUAGAAUGUUAACCAGUUGUUGCUGGGUUUUUUGUUUUGUUUCUUUUACAGUCACCUAAUUUAAACUCACAAUGGGGGUUCCCAGCACCGUGUAAAGAUUUCACUUGAUAAUGUUGUUAUUGGAGAACCCUGAUAAUGAAAACGUUAGAGAUGAGAAUUGCCUAACAAAGCUGAUAGCAGACAGCAGCUCAUGUAUGGAAGAUGUGUAGAACUGUGUUGUUUGAACCUUACGCAAAUGUACUGAAUGCCUUCAUAUAGUCUCUUCAGUGCAACCAUCAGGACUCAAAAUGAUUUAAUAGGGAUUUAAUCUGUAGCACAGAUUGCAACUUCUGCACUGUGUGGCAUGUGCUGAAUACAGGCAGGUGUGACAGCUGGCAAAUAUCCUCACAUUUCUUGAGGCUUAGAAGACAUCUUCAGAUUUACCGAUGACAGUUGAUAUACUCUGUCAGCUUCAGAUUACUUGUUAAUAAGAAACAGAUGCUCCAAGUACUAGAAAAGUACAAUGUGAGGGAUAUGAGUUUCCAUCAAAAACAACAACAAAGGGUUAUAUUUGAAACUGGAUUUUCUGUAAAAUUCUUUUCAAGUCUGUUGCUGGAUAAAGAACAGUGAAUAGAUUGUUUUCUUUUGAGUACAUUAAGGAAGCUAGGAUAGAUGAACAGCACAUGGCUAUUCUCUCCCAUUGAUAGCAAAGCCUUAAGUAAUUUGGCUGUUGAAUGUGAACCCUCCAUUUUGUUCAGCGCCAUAUUGAUUGGAGGUUGUCUUGCAAAUUAGGUGAACCAUAAAUACGUUGCUGCGUCAGCAAUGCGAUAAUACCUUUUUUCCUUGAACUGCUUUAUUUACUUAUUAGCUUAUUAAAAUAAAUGUAAUUAAAUCAGCAGAUGAGUUCUGAUCUGAUCAAAGUUGCACAAGUUUUGGCAGGCCAACUUGUAGCUGCCAAACUCAUCAUCAUUUAUGUGUCAAAUGGGUGGAGUCUUCUCUGAUAUUGUGCAGUGCUUCAGAAGCAAUUUCUCAUUAAUGCCUUUGAAACCCAGGGCAAUAAUUCUGGAUUCAACUUACUGGGCUCACCACAGUACAUAUACUGGGCUCACACACGUACAUAUACAUAUACAUAUACAUAUACAUAUACACAUGCUACUGGUAACGUGAUGAGUGCAUUUAUGGACCUCAUACUUUGAUGUGGAUGUUAAUCAAAAUAUGCUUCAGAAGAGAGUGUAGUUGAGUUGCCAUUUUCUUUCUGAAUGCUGUUUUUUAAAUAUAUUUUAAUUACAAGUUUUUACAUAUUUACACAUAUAGCAACACUAAGAAUGAUUAUCACAAUAUAGCUAAUAAUAGAAAUUUAAAAGUAACAAAAAGGCGACUUACAAAUGAGUGAUCGCACAAAACUAAGGGCUGAAGAAUGACCAAAGCGUUGUGUUUGAAUAAACUGAAAUGUUGAUCAAUUAGCAUAUUUUUUUUUGGAAAAGAUUAUAUUUCUCUUUGACACCAAGGGAAGGGUAAGAUACAAAAUAAUAGCCAUGACAAAAAAGAAUAAUUGAAUUAACCAAAUCCAUUCAAAAGCAGGAAGUGGGAAUCUCUAUGUUCUUUCUGAAUGCUGUUGCUAAUUGUUCAUUUUCAGAGUUGUCUUUCCUGCUUACCUUAGGUAGGAGACAAAUGUCAGGGUGCAAAAUGAUACUUAGAUUCACGCUGCUGAAUGGAAUUUUUUGACACCCCCCCCCAACACUUUCGAAAAUUUCCCUCUCCUUUAGGAAAGAUUAUUGUGCACAUGACUGCUGCUUCUGGCAAGGAAUCUAGCCCCUUGAGAAUAACUGCUUUUAUUAGAAGGGUGGGGGAAGCACAAGUUGCUACCCCUUGUAGUUGUGGAAGAAGCUUUGGGAAGUCAUGGUCAUUUUGUGAUGAAAUUCUAAAAAUAGAUCUGGAACUUGGUCCCAUAUUUCGAAUUUCAGUGGUCAAUAGGUGAGUACAUGUCUGGGUAGGUUUAUCUAAAUAAAAAAGGUUUUUAGAAGUUGUUGAAAACAAUACAACAAAUAGGCAGAGAGUUCCAUAGAGAAAAUACUGCCACACUGCAGGAUAGAUUCCUUGAAAGUACAGAAUAAAUGUCAUGUAGUACCUUGUUCUACAAGUUGAAAACAUCAUAUGGAUAUAAUUAUUAAUAUAAUUGGUCUCAUUACAUAAUUCUCACUUGGAUAUAGUAAAUAAUUCUAAUUAUUUUCAAGCUUUCUGUUUUCAAUGAGAAGUUUCCACUUGACUUGACUGCCAGAAAUAUCAAGCAUCACACAAAGGAUUCCGCAGCAUGCUCAUGGGAUGCACUGAUUGUUCAGAUGUGCUGAAUUUCACUGUUGCCUCAUUUGAACUGAGUACACAUUGCAGAGCAAGAUUGGUGGUGCUGGGCAAGUUUUCUUUUCAAGGCAACUUGGCUGUCAUUGCUGAAUUUUUCUUAUUUAAGUAUCCUUAAUAAUUUCUGAAGAAAUCUCAGUUGAACUACCCUGCUCCAAAGGACAUGAUGCACUUCUUGGGUGUAACUUCUGUAGUUUUUUUGUGGGAGAUGAGAAAUGGAUAAGGUGUUUUUGGAGUGGUCACUAUUGCGACAAUUGAGCUAUGAAAAUGUGCACUUGCUCAAUAAUGUUCACAGUGCCAAAGUAUAUGAAACAAUCAGUUAUAGUGAGCCAGUUGUUCUAGAUAGUACAGGUGCCCCCCACCCCACUUGCACAGGGGUUACGUUCCAGGCAUCUACAAACAUAAGUGAAAUCGUGUAACAUUGGGAGCAUGCCACUAUAAUAGAACAUCUGGUGAGGGAGGGAGGGAGACUCAUGUGCACCAGGGCUGCUUUCUGCCACACCUUCCCUUCAAUGCCUCUUGAGCAGCGGCCCCAAACAACUUCUGGGCAGCAGUAGUUCACUUUCUUUGAUUUCCUCCUUCCCUCCCCUUCACAUUUUCACCCAUCUGCUCUUGUUGCCCUCAGCCUAUCUGAUUGACUCAACUAUUUGCACUCUCCCUCUGCCCCCCCUCCUCUUUUGCGCUCUGGCCCCACCUUACUUGGAGAUGGAUUUGCACCUCUCCCACUGGCCCUGGGCGGCACAGCUAGUAAGGCACUGGGUCGCUCAUCCUCUGGUGUGCCCUUGGGAGGUGCUUUAGGACCCAGCAGCACAGCAGGCAGGCACUGAUCCCAUAUGCGGUGGUAGCCCGCAGGGAUGCAUGGCUUGUGCAGCACAUGGGUGAGUGCACACAGAGGGGAUGGUGAUGCUGACUGACUGCCCGCAGCUGGGACCAAGCUGACAUGUGGUGGGAGAGACACACACCCCACAGUGCUGUGAGUGGGGAUCUGAUUCGCAGGUAGAAGUGGCCAGUUGAUUGAUUUCCUGGUGCUGCAUGUAUAUGUAGUUGUGCAUAAGUUUGGGCUUGGGGUGAGUGCCAGUGUUGAAAGAAAUUGUCUGCUUGACACUCCAUUUGUGGGUAGUUUGGAAAGCCAUUUUGGUGAUUUUUCAGAGGCAAUUUUUUUCUUCCUCAAAGGAUUCAUUAGCCGACAACGGGGUGAUGGCCACCCAUGCACAGUGGUGCCCUUUCAUUCUUUUAAAAUACUUAUGUUAGGGUGGUGUUUCUCUCAGUGGCCACCAUAUCUCUAGAAUGCUCCAAGCAUUGUUCAGGUUUUGCAUAAUGCUCCCAGCACAGAACAGUACUGCAUCCGAGGUGACCUAGUGAAGGAAACAGGCACCUGCUGAAAAGAGGUCUGUCAAAUUUUAAUUAAAAAAAGAGAGUAAGAGGGCCUUGUCAUGCCUUGAAGCCAGCAAUAAGCCUUCCAUGAAUCUUUUUUUUUUUUAAGAAAUGAAUCUUCCCCUUACAUAAAAAAUACUCCCAUUUUUUUUUUAAUCCUAUCUUUUCUCUCCCAUCCCAAUUUAAUUCCAGAUAUUGAUUCUGGCAUUGAUGUCAACCCAAUUCCCAGUGGUUGAGACCUAACCCCAAAUUUUAUAGCAUCCUAUCAAAAAUCAUGAGAAAGCUUUGAAAUCUAUCAAACUAGACAUAUUUGAGUCUUAAGAACUUUCCCAUCUUAUUUUCAAGCUCUGUAUGUUUCUAUGUAUCUGUAAGAGCAAGAAUGUUUAUUUAUUCAAAUAAAAGUUGAGAAGGACAGACAUUUUAAUGAGCUUUUAAUCUGCAUUGAAGUGCUUGUGGCAGUAUUUCUGGUACAGAAAGGCUUGAGCAAUGUGUUUCCUGUUUAACUGGGGUAUUUAGAUAAGCUUUAAAAUAAGUUGUGGACCUAGGAGCAAUAAAAUAUAUUCCUUAAGUAUGUUGUUAUUUAUGCCACUUAAAGAGAAUGUAUGUCUCAAAUAGACUUGAUUGCUAAUGUGGUCUUAAAUUAUGCAGAAAGCUGUAUAAAACAUUUUCAAAGCUUUAUUUAGUAAUCCGGUAUGUGUGUUUAGUACAGGUUUGACUUUCAUUAUAUCUCUUGGAACUUCUUCCCCUACUACACUGCAUCUUGAUUUGUAUGGCCAUGAUUCUGAACCAUGGCAUACAAAGCAAUCAGAAUGUGCUGUUUCUACCAUAAAUGUCUUUAUAAGAUUCUGGCCAGAUUCCAUCUAGUUGCAAUUUGGGCUUCAGUUUUUCAUCAUUAAGCCAUAAUUGCUGAAUAACCAAGUUUUAUAUCUAUAAUUAUGAUGUUAUCUAUUCUAAACUUGGUUUGUGUAUACAGUUAUUUUUACAAUAUAUUCUGAAAUGACAUUUGAAGUCAAAAGCAACAACCAUUCAGUAGAAUAAAAAAUUAUCAGGUUUCAUCUUAACCUUUUUUUUUUUUAAUGAAACCCAUGGAGCUAAUGAGUUGACAUACCAAUUCAUUUUGGAUUAUUUCAAACUUUAAUAAAAUUGAAUUUUAAAUUGUCUAGAUCUGUGAUUGAAAGCAUUUGAUAGGUCUAAUUCUGAAGCCUUAACUAGGAUAUGAUUCUCGAAGCUGUAUGUUGUUCACCCCAGGCUUGGACUGCUGCUUUAAACCAGAAAUAGUUUAAAACUGAAUGCCAGUAUUUCUUUGAAACUAAUUUAACAUGGUUUUGAAUAAAUUGUUUUCCUUUAAAUCUCUCUGUUCCACCAAAUGAAUGAAUUUGCUGAACAUCUUACCAUAUAUAAUGUAAGAAUAGCACAAGAAAAUAGUGUCUACAUGUAAUAAGUUUAAGAACAACCUGUCACCUGCAGUGCCACCUUUGGCUGUAACUAAAUCUGACGGCUUACAGGAAAGAGUGUAAGAUUAUUGAAAAUCAGUUUUAUUUCUGUAUGCAGAAUUCAUAGGCCAUUUUGACUGAGAGGCCUUUGCAAAAACAGUUCUGAGCUGUGGAUAGGAUUGGGAUUGGGCAGGUGGAGAGAGAGAGAGAGAGAGAUUGUAGGCUUAGAAACAUAGUGGGAACACUAUUAGAUGGUAUAGUUAAGGGACAUUGGGCCCAUGAAGAGUGAAUAGACUCAGAAACUGAAUAAGGAAGCAAGGGUGGAAGAUGCAGAAAACUGAAAGGAAUGUCAGGAAUUUAAGAAAAUAAGAGGGGUGUAGAGAAAAAGGACUUACACAGGCUGAUUACAGUGUUUGAAACUCCCAUUCUAGGCACAUUUUGUGACAGGGAAUUUCAUUAGUGCAAGCAGUUUCUGAGCUCAGCGCAGUACUGUGCCUAAUAUUUCCAAUUAAAACUCCGAGUGGAAGGAAAGGAGCAGGUUCUUUUGCUUCCCCACUUCCAGCUACUCUCUGAAGACUGGAGAAGAGACCCUCUUAAGAAUAUUAGGGGAGUGAGCAGGGGAAGGACUAGACCAUGUGUAAAAUGAACAUAAUAUUGUAGCUGCAGUUCAUUCAUUUUCAGCUUUGUAUUCUUGUUAUAAAAAAGCAAGGUUAGACAUUCCAUUGUGCGCCCAUAACCUAGGUUUGAGGUGCCAGUUAGCUUCUAGCUUUCAUCUUUCAGUUUCUAACACUGUCUGAUUAUCAGAAGAUAAGGCAAUUGUAGCCUGUGUGGUUCCUUAAAGAUGUUGUGGGCUGCAGUUCCCAUCAGCCUCAACCAGUAUGACCAAUGGUCAGGGAUGAUGGGCAAUCCUUGACCUAGGGAGUGGGGAGGUAUGGUAAUUCUGAGCCAGGAAGUGAACUAAGGAGGCCACAUGGGAGGCGUCUAAACUUCACAUGUCGAUUUUCAGACCUUUAGCUGCACAUCUGUAAUUAUCAUACAGGUAUGGCUAUUAUAGGCAAUCAUCUGAAUUCAUGUUUCAAAUCAACUGUAUGGUACACACAAUCUUUAUAUAAUUCAGUUUUGGUAAAGUGGGAGUUCUCAUGAAAUUGUUUGACCUGGGGUGCCCUAUAUUAUAUCAAAUGAUGCUGUGAAGAGAACAAUACACUGAUUAAAGAGAUACCUUUAUGUCCUUCAGCUUUGCUAGUACAUCAGAAGGCUAGAAUGGAACGGCUUCAACGAGAACUUGAGAUUCAGAAGAAAAAGCUAGAUAAACUAAAAACAGAAGUCAAUGAAAUGGAGAAUAAUCUAACACGAAGGCGCCUGAAAAGAUCAAAUUCUGCUUCCCAAAUUCCUUCAGUAAGUCAUAAUUUCUGGAGGUUUUAAACAUGUAUAAGUCUGAAAUAGAAUUUCAGUUUAAAAAUGGUAAUGAUACGUAAAAUAUACUUUGCUUACCUGUCACCUGGUUCAUACAUCAUGGUAAGGCAAACUAUGGCUCACUGGAAAUGUGCAGGGACAUGGAGGUGAGCUUACAGCCACUUUGCUCCUCCCUGUACUGAGCUAAGAUAAAGUUCGUUUUUGUGUUUCCAAACCUGAGUUUGUGGUUACAUUAUCUCCUCUCUAAACCACAAGUUGUAACCAGGACUUAACUAUGAGCCCAGGUUUGGAUAAAACUUUGACUUAGCUCAGUGUGGCACAGAAGUUAAAACAAAAAGCCAGGGAGGAACAAUGUGAACCCGUUUAGCUUACCAUGAUGCAUGAACCAGGAGACCGAGAAGACAAUUUUAAAAACGCAGUCAUCUGUUCUGAAUGGUCUUAAGGAGAAGUACUGACUCUGGCAAGCCAGUUCUUUGCUUGACUGUGCUUAUGUGAUAUACUUAGAAUUAUUUUGUGAUGUGAAAGAAAAAAUACGUCCAAAAGUAUUUCCAAAAUGAUUUUUUUUAGGACUAUCAACAAGGAAAAGUUAUCACUGAUUUCUGUGUAUCAGCUGGUGCUUUUGUAAUUUCAGUAAUAAUUUGAAUUCAAAAUUCAGUGACUAGACACCUCAUGGGAAUAAAUACCCUCCUCUCAAGAUCUGAUGGGAUUGUUCUUUAACAGUUUUGGGUUGAAGAUGGCAUGAUUACGCUUAAAUCACAGUCAUCACUAAGUUUUGUUGUCCCACGUAUAAAGUUAGUAAUCUAAUAGACAGCAUUGUUCUGUGUUUUUCAGCUUGAAGAAAUGCAACAGUUAAGAAGUUGUAACAGACAACUUCAGAUAGACAUAGAUUGCCUAACCAAAGAGAUUGAUCUUUUUCAAGCAAGAGGUACUGUACUAUCAGUAUAAAUAAUAAUUUUGCCCAUUUAGCUAAACAUUGAAGGCUUGAGGUUUAUAGAACAUGUAAAUAAUUGAUUAAUGCAUUGUGUAAUUCAGUUGUUGCUAACAUUUUAUUGAGCAUUUUCAUAACAAACAAAAUGCCCAACCUUGUCACUGUUUAUCUGGGAUUCUUUGUUUGUAAAAGAUCAAGUCUACAUAUUUUCAGAUAAUGAUGAAAAUAAAACAAGGAUUUAGAUAAGCUUACAUACAAAAUAUAAUUUCUAAAGUUACUCUCUCACCCUACAAAUAAAAGCCUUGUAAGUUUAGCAUAGAAUAGAAAGCAGGAAGACAAUGCAAAAUCAGCCCUUUCCCCCAUUCCUGAUUCAGAAUGGCUGGGGUGGUGGUGGCUGUUAUUCCAUUUCCUCUUCUUCAAAGCCUAAAAGCUAUGUUUAGUUCUUCAGAAGAAUAGGGCAGGGCUAGGUUUGAAAAAAAGACAUGUUAACAGACUUGUUCUUAUCAUUUUAGCAACCGGAGCACAAAUAGACAAACAUUAGCUUGGUGUUUUUCAUAUUUGUAGUUCAAAAUAAUACAAAAAAAAUUCAUGGUUCAGGGAUUACAAACAGUUCUGAAUAUCCAGCUGAGCUCUCACCAGGUAAACAUUAUUUGAAAAAAAUAAUUCUUAAAAUCAGUAGACCAAAUUAAACCUGAAUAAGACAAACAAGACAGCUGUUGGGCACCUAGGGUAAGACUUCCUAUUGCUAUAUCUAUAUUCUGGAUUACUUAGAGAGCUACGCUUGUUUUAAUCUAGUUAUACAAUUCUAUGGUUCUAUGAUAAAAUCCACAAUAUUCUAUAUGAACACAAACAUAUUUUAGUUUAGUUUGUAUCCUAUUGGUGAACUUCAAUGUUAGUCAUGUCUGAGUAGACCCACUAAAAUCAAUGAACUUAAGUCCAUUGAUUUCAGCGGGUGUACUUUGGGUGAUAUCCAAAACAUGUUUAUUGUCUUGAUUUAGAAAAGCAAAACCUAAUAUUAUUGACGCUUCCCCUGAGGUUUAAUGUAAAACCUGAAGGUUGCUGCAGCCUGGCUCAUCUUUCCAUUGGACUGUUUUGACUGUCUUCAGCUUUCCCUGCCCCCACUCCAUAUUUUCAAUUAGAAAAUGCCACCUUUGAAUGCUUUUUAGUGAGCCAUAUAUGGAGGCACAAAAUUGGUAGAUUGCAUUAGGUGACCUCAGAAUUUUUCCUUCAACAUCAGUGAAGAUCUUGUCUUACACAUUCUGUAAUGCUUCUGCUUUAGCUGCCUUUUUGUACUAACUCUUCCUUUCAUUGUGUUGUGUUUUUUUCUGUUUUCCAGGACCACAUUUUAAUCCCAGUGCCAUUCAUAAUUUUUAUGAUAACAUUGGAUUUCUAGGUCCUGUGGCACCAAAGCCUAAAGGUACUGCUGCUAAAUUUUCUGUCUGUUAGCAUCCCUGAAAUUGAAACAUUGAGCCCAUUUAUUGUAAUAUAUACUGUCAGUUCUUCAUCAUAAAGUUACUUGAGGUCUGCAGCAUACAUGUAAUCACUGUAUCCAUUUACUGUUCUCUGUUGCAUGCAGACAGGUGGAUCAGUUCUGCUCUGUCCAUGUGCUGAAAUUGCUUAAUUUUUGUUCAUUUUUAGAGACUGAGAGGAUUGUAUAGCCUUAAGCAUAUGGAAGAGGAGGCCUUUUUUGCAAUUGAGUAGUGGACUGAACUUUUAAUAACACAGCAGUGGAAAUAAUCAACUUAUUCUACAGUGUAAUACCGAAUACUGCAGGGGGUGGGUGGGGAAAGCUUCACAGAAUUUAAUCUCUCCUGUUGUUUGUAUUUAAAAAUUCUUCUCUUUCUCCCCAGCAGAUCAGAGGUCCAUUGUCAAAACACCAAAGACUGUACCUGAUACGGAGGAAUACGAGGGAAAUCAUUGGAGUUGUACUGCUUGUACUUUUUUAAAUCACCCAGCCUUAAACCGUUGUGAACAGUGUGAAAUGCCCAGGCAUUUCUGAGCCAGGGAGGCUCACUUAUCUUCUGUAAAUCCAACCUUUUGACUAUUGUGUCAUUUCCUUGGGAUAAAUAAUCAUUUAUGCAUAGGAUUUUGUAAAAUUGAACGUGUGACAAGGUUUAUUACUAAUGUUAAAUGUCAUGCUACAGAGAUAAUACCUCAGUGUUGUGCUGCAGGCAGCUGAAAUUCAUCAGCUGGAAGGUAAUCUCCUGAAAGACUUGGUUGCCAGCUGCCUGAAUCAUGUACAGUAUUACCAGAACCCCAGUAAGAGUAACUCUCAUCAUGUUCAGUGCUUGGGUGUUCCCCAACCGCCCUCCUCCACAGAUGUCACUACUGAAUUUUGACAGGGGAAGGGAUUAGAUUGAUGGCUUUUGGGUUGUUUGUAAAGCUUUCAGUGAAACACUACAUUCACCGAGGAAAUGGAAAGGAACAAGCUGAAAGUGUGUUAAACUGUUUGCUGCCGCAUAGGGAUCGUGAAUUGUAGAACUUCACAAAUCAGUGGUACUCUUCGCCUUGUCUUCCCAGCAAAAACACAGCUCUGCUCUGUGAAGACGCAAAUCAGUACAAUCAUGUCUGAAGAUGAAAAAGAAACUGCAUGCUUUGUCUGUACAAUACUCACAGUGAAUACCCCCGAAGCUUUUCCUACUGUACAUAGCUCUAGAGCUGCUUUAAGUGCCUUUCUUUUCUUCACCUUUUAUUAUUUCUUGUACUUCUUAAUGUAUAGUGUAAUAGUUUUUGUUAACUUUCUUUUUCCCUUUAAGUGAUUAUGCACGAUCAUGACCCUUUUUUAAAAAGCUUUUGAUCUGAGAGAAGCAGUGCCUUAAAAUAAGAGCAAUAAUAAACAAUGCACAAAUAGCUCUCCACUGCCUGUUCUGUACGUUGCUCUUGUAAAUGCUGAUGAUCUGUGAAGAUCUGCAGAUGCAGCAUGGUGAAAAUGCAGGAAAAGUUGGAGUAUAUGCAUAUAGUUCACUCUGUACACUGAUUUUUACGGUGGGUGACACAAUGUAAUAUUUUUGUCUGGCACAAGGAAACAGAAGUUUAAAGUAUGUUCAACCCACCAAUGGAUCAGCAUCUUAAUAUGCUUGCUUCAUCUGCUGGAUAUCUUGCAAAUUCUUUAAGGGAUUAUUACUGGGGAAGUACAUACAGUACACAAAACAGUAGCAGUAGCAUAAAACAUCAAUGCUAUCAAUAUCUUGGCAGCCAGUUUCUAAACCCGAUUUGGUAGAGAAUAGCAAUAGUGUGACAUACAGGCUAGAAAAGAGAAAUCAAGCAGACUUGAACACUGAAGCAAUACUAAGCAUCUCUCUUAUUUUCAUAGUCCUUGCUCUUUGAUCUAAAGGAAAGCAUUCAGGUGAUAAGGAGCACAUAACUGAAACCACAAAUGGUUUUUUUAAUGCUCUCUUGCCUACUACAAAAAAGAUGUAGCAUCUCUUAGGAUAAGACAGGAGAGAGUGCUUAAAUGUAGCAAGAGACAAAGUAGACUGUCACCCACUGUAAAUAAUUUCCAGUGGACAUUUUUAACAGGAAUUUUACAAGUGAUCUAUGAAUACAAAGGCCUUUGUUUUAAAGGCUUUGAAUUUUUUAAAAUAUGGGAAUAAAAUGACUGUCCCAAGUAAUUAGUCAGUAGAACCAAAGUACUUGCAUUGAAUGCAUUUUGUUUAUUAAAAAAAGAAGCCUUGUUUUUCAGCUUCAUCUGCAGUUCUAUGUGAAGAUUGACAAAUCAAUUUUUACCUGUUUUAUUAAUAAAACCUAAUUUGGAUAUCUUGAGUUGAUGGUUUUGUGAUUUAGCUGGGUAAACUGUCUUUGUAACAGAUAAGUUAUUUAU